GUCAGCUCAAACCAAUAUUGCACAGUGAGUAUUCAAGCUUUCUUCAACCAUAAGCAUUUCUGCAAAGCAGCUGAUAGGGAAUUUACACAGCGAACAGUGGUAAGUGAAAAUGUUGGAAAAAAAAAACUAUCAGUAAGCACCAGUACAGUUCCAGCUUUUAUCAGUGUCUGCUUUAGGCUAUCGUCUCUAGCAUCAUCGGAGUUUCGUUUAGAUCUUACUGAUGCUUGAUAUGGUGACUAUAUCAGUGGAACUGGAAAGUUUCGCCUUGAUGUGAUCCUUUGAUCUUUUCGUGGAUUUACUAGGAAAUCAGCUAUCCGGGGACCAGUUAGUCAGAAUUGGGAGGGGUAAAUGGAUGGAUUAAACUGUGGGGCGGACGGAGGCAAAGCCAAUUACUUUGGCUCAGAUUUUUAUACUGCUGUAAUCACUUUCUAACGUUGUUACGUCUUUCCGAAAAAAGAAGCGCACUGUUUUUGAGUUUCCUGGAUAUCCGCUUUAAAGUCCCAUUGAUUUUGCAUACAAAAUGAAAUUUUUCAGAGUACUGACAAAGUAUGCGUUUGUGAAGGACUUGACAAGAAAAUAACUCCAAAAUGUUAUUUAUUCUUUCAGUUUUGAACCUUUUUGACCCACUGAGGAGUCAUGUUUUUGACGAUUCUUCCUUUGCUGUUGCUAUCGUUUGUGAGUUACCCUAAAUGCGUAAGUUAUUCCUUGUUUUAAACGUCAGUAAAAAGCACGCCACCUUAAUUUAUAAGUAGCAUAAUGGAAGAAGAUAAGAAAUAUUGAGAAAAAAAAUUCUGACCUUAAUUCACUCCUAUAAAACGAAUCGGACCUCAAUGUGAAAGCUCAACGAUGAUCUAAAUCAGGGGAUAUUGACUUAAAACAACGUAAUUGGUUGAACGUAAAGAACCUGGCACUUUUUAUGGUUUUAAAAACUAAUACUCUUAGCAUAUAAAUAGCAAAGCGUUGCUAUCAUGAUCUCUAGUUUCACAGCAUGGCAGAUAACCUUUCGAGAUUGAGGUUAAAAACCUUUUAAAAAGCUUUAAUUUUGAGAUGUGUUAAAGGGGUCCGAAAAUGUCAUUUGAUUUCAGUAUUGCCUUCUCUUUGUGUAACACUUGGAAAAAGAAAUAAGCACCUAUAUUAUUUCCAUUUGGUCUAGUUUAGCUCUACUACUCCGAUCGUAUAAGUUUUCGCUAGCAACAAGACUGAACAGUCAUUCAAACACGUUGGUUUUUAAUACUGCUAAAUUUCCGUCGACCCCUAAAACAUUAAAGCACAUGAACAGCAAUAUCGCCUUCUCAACACUGAAGUGCCAACACUGACUGAAGGAAGUCGAACUUGCUCUUUAAAGUGGAAAUAAAAAUUUGGCGUCUCACAUCUCGCAAUUUUUCCAGCCAGAGCUGCAAAGCUCCUUGUCGCAUGAUGAAAUUCGUACACCGACACGUAGCUCUAGUUGUUUGGCUUCGGUCCCACUAAUGAGGGUUGGGUACUUAUACGCCUGUCUCCAGAGCCAAUAUUAUUUUUAUUAUUAUUAUUAUUAUUAUUAUUAUUAUUAUUAUUACUAUCAUCGUUAUUAUCUCUAUUAUUGUUAUUACUUCAACUAUGAUGGUAACGUUCAGCUUUCCCGGGUAUUUCUCAAACUGAUAUUGGAUACAGCUCCCAAUCACAAAUGGCAUAACUGUCACCUUCUCAGCUUCUACAACCUUCCUAUUUCUUCGCAAAGCAGUUUGUUCUUCUCUAUUUAAUUUAUUAUGAUUACUUUAUAACAAUAGGAAUUUAUUACUUAUAUAGCGCAAAAUACAUACGAAGAUGAUCUAAUGCGCUAAUCAACAGUCGGCUCUGCCUAGCCAGAGCUCCACCAACGUCCGCAGGCAAACAAUACCCUCAAGGGAUCCGUGGGGAGGAAGGGCGGGGAGAUGUAUUCUCUAAGAGUAGAGGUCAGUGUUGGUGGUGGUAUUCCCAUCCGUUGGAUUUUAUCUGUUAUUACUUCCCCGGUGAAUUACUGUGGGUUAGUCCAUUUCAUGCCUCAUCAGUACCUUGUUUAUUCUAGUUUGUCAAUGGAGAAGUGGCUUCUUUUCAAACUGGCAAGUUCAACAUGUCAGAUAGUUUUCAAGACUGGAGCUGCAGCAGUGCCUGUUCGCCACCUCAAUACUGUCAUUUACCACGCUGUACAAAAGUUCUUUUCCCGGAAACAUUUACUGGAUCAGGAAAGGCAAGUCUACCUAUUGCCUGGUUUCUAAUCGAGGGGGAUUAGAUACGAGUUGGUGUGUUGAGGGAAUAUUAACACAAGACCCACAAUGUCAGAGAGAACAAAACGAGCUUUAAAAUUUGCUGUUUAUCGGGCCAAUAUUGAACACGAUAAAGCCAUUUAAAACUUGCAAAAAAUGUGUUACCGGACACAUGUCCAGACUUAAUUUAAAUGUUUUGAAAAACUGUGUCUCGUUCAUUAUUAAUCCGUGAGGAACCAAACAGAAGAAUUUUGUAAAGCUCACUGUGCUCUUUCGGACUAUGUGAGUCUUGUGUUGAUAAUCCCAUGAUAAAUGGACUCAUAUCCAGUCUAUCUUAGUCUGAAACAAGUGUAUUAAAUGCUUACAUGCCAAGAACGUCGUUACUGUCACGUAUUAUUUAUUAUUUAAAUCAAAAUGAAGUCAAGUAGUUUGACUAAAAACACAAACUAGACAAUCCCUUCUAUUUCUGCAUUUCAUAAUGGCGAAAAACCAUGGGUAAUAAAAUUUGGGUUAUCUAUGCAUCCGAGAAAAUUGGGUAAUCACUUAACCAUACGCCCCUACACUACAGAAAACCAAUGUGAAAUUUCAUUUUCUAGCAAGUGUGGCAGCUCGCAAUUUUAGACCUUCAGUCUUGAGCUUAAUUGACAGCUGUCAAAUCAGGGUAUCCUCUAAUCAGUAUCACAUGACUAUAGCGUGGGCUUAGGGAGCUCAACUCAUCUAGGUCACGCGUCUUUUUAGUUUUACGUAGACCAGUUAUUACUAACUGAAAUUGAUCCCAGGUUCAAGUUACAUAUUAGUAUUUUUUUUUUUUGGACACGAAUUUCCUCGCAAGGUCGUUUUUUCAAGUCUAAGCAAUUACCGUUGUAAUGUAUGAAGAGAAGGUUCUCUUUUAGCUCUUGCCAAAUUAAGAUAUUAUACACUUUUUUGCUCAAUCCUUUUAGGUCAGUGUGCACGUUUCACUAAGCCAUGGUGAAAAAUUUUCACGUGUCCACUCACCUGCUGCAUUGUGGGUUCAUUCUGUCAGUACACGUGGAUUUGAGGCAUGCGCACGUGAGGCAGGUGAUGGAUCAAAUGGAACUGGAAUCAUAAACUGGAUGGCUUUCCAAGAUCAACCACAAGUUACAUCUGGUAGCAUAGCGUUUGGUGGAAUGUGGACAACAGAAACCAAAUGUGACAUACUAACCUUUCAACAGGCAAGGCGACAUUGAUUUCUCACCCAGGAACGCUUGAUCGACUGUCUAGAAAUUGUGUUUCUUUGUUAACCUAACGAAGAUAUGUGAAUAUUUCAGAACUUUGCUGCAACACCCUUUGUUUUUCUCUCGGCGAAGUACACUCGAACCACAAAGCCCAAUGAUGCAGUUUAUGUUUGGUUGGAGAAUGUCAGUUCCGGAGGUUUCGAGGUGUGCAUCAGGGAAUUCUCCCCAUUUGAUGGAAAACACCAAGAUACAGUCGUGGUGUGUAUAAUUUUGCCAUAUGAAUACCAUCAUCGACAUCAUCACCUUUAUGAAAAUAAUCACCGUCACUACUGUCAUUAUUAUAGUUACCCAUUUAUCUUCACUUCAACAUCAUCACAUUCAUGUCAUUGAUAAUCAACACUACCACCAUCAACACUUCCAGUAUCCUUUCAACAUCAUUAUUUUCGUCACCGUCUUGAUCGUCGUUUUCAUCAUUUUAAUGUACUUUUUAUUACUUUGGAAAGGCCUUUUUUGUUUUUCAAUAACAAAAGGAUAGGUCACGGAGGUGUAACAGGAAGUCAUUAUUACGAAUAUAUAGCUACUGUUCAACUUCAGCGGCCACAAUUAUGACUUGCUGGUUCUUAAACAGUGAAAAGGUGCAUUGAAUCGAAUAAUGCUCUCGCUCCUCGGCCUUCUUAAAAAUGAUAACCUCGCGCUCCGCAGUCGGUCAUUAUUUUAAGAAGGCCGAGGUGCUCAGACAUUAUCCUAUAUAUGACUAUCAGGAACAGGCUUCUUUGGCUUGAGCAGAAAUUAUUCUCUCUCAUAGCUUACUAUUUUCUUUACAAGGUUAGAACGAACAAUCUUUUUACAGUAUUUGUAAUCAGAAAGUGAAAAUUGUGAUUUCCAAACAUUCAUGCUGAAUAAAUACUUAUCUAUUUUAUACUUGCAGGACUGGUUCGCAUUUUUGGGUAACGCUUCCACUUUCAAUUUUACGAAGACAGGAGAAGUAACGUUUCCCAACAUUGGCAAACCGACAGCAUAUGACAACUAUGGAUUCUGUCAAGUAUCGUACUUUGAUAAGAAAGUUGUAUAGUUUUUGUGCACGCCUUGCGUGCCUGUCUUUUUCUAGGAAUCAUGGGAUUGCAAACCCAUGUGCGUCGCGGUCAAUGCUUUUGAUAUUCGUGUUUGUGGAUUUUGUGCGCGUUUCACUGCGUUUCAAGCCGGAGGUUAUCAAACGGCGACGUAAAGGCCUUCUAUCCCUUUCUAUAUAAUUUGACAUGUGACAGUUGGUUACCUCCAUAUUUAGGACUGAUUUUGCUGAGGUUGAAAUAAGCCUUUCCAGAUCAAAAUCCCAUAGAGGGUCACAUGCUUCGUUUUCUUCACACUAAAUGUCAAAACAAAAUAAUAUCCUGUACUUGAACAAAAUAACAAGAGAGAUUUCGAAACUCUUCACAAUAAAACACCGGUUCCCUCAUUUAGCUAUUGACGGUUUAAGCGCUUUCCAGUAGAUCGAAGAAAUCUCGCAAACUUGCCGCGACAUGUUAGAAGUUGCGGUCAUGAUAGGGUUUCGCUAUAAUUUCUAGUACUACAAUGUACAUUCUGCCGUAGCGUGUACAUUUUUCCAGGUUAACAAAUUAAGACUAAGCAUUACACUCCAUUAACUGUUUUAACAGAAUAUCAACUACAACACCACCUUCUACGCGUCACCUGUGGUCCUGGUUGCCGUUCAGCACUAUUAUGACCGCAACCAGAAAAACAUCAUUCUACCAGAAAAUAAUAUUGUCACAGGAUGGGUGGAGGUAUGCUAGGUGAUACUUUUCUCCAGUUCUUCGCUUUUUAAUUCUUGAACAUGCGGUGCAAAGUCAACUUCAUCAGAGCGACUUCUGUUCCAUUUCAGGAAGUUGGACUGAAAUCCAUGAAAAUUUGUGUCAGAGACUUGAGUGGAAUGGGGACAAAACACGAUCCUCUGUCGGUCAAUUACAUUGUUACUGGAGGUGAGUGCUGCUCAGGCGAACUGAACGCUCUGAUGACUUCAGAGCGUGCAAGGAUGGUACAGAUGUUUAGUGCGCGGCCCUUGGUGCGUGAGAUCUCAAGCUCGAUCCCCAGGGACAUCAUAUCCUUGUUUCAACAUCUCUCCCUUCUGUGUAGCUUUAACUAGGUUUUAAAAUACCCUUAAAAUGGAGCAUUGAUGCAGAGAGGGGGUAAAAUGAAGGAAACGUCGACCUUACGUUUAUCAGUUGAAUUUCUCUCAAAAGUUAUCGACGUAAAAUAUGGCUUCUUUGCCUUAACCUUUUAAAAAAUCAUCUUAAGCAAGAGAGAAUAGCUCAGUCUCUCUUGUCUAAAGUUAUAAGUUUUCAUUUCAUAUACACUGCAUAUAAAUAACUUACCUAUUUAGAAGGGAAACUGUCACCCAUUAGGUACGCUUACAUGUGGAGUUAACAACGAACUUCGUUCACGUCUGAACGAAUUAAAACAUUAGUUCUUAACCCAGAGCGUGCAACUCCUAUACUUGGCCUAUGCAACAGCGAUUUCACAGAUCAGUUUAUUUUUAGCAUCAUUUUGGAGCCUUAUUUCCCGCGAAAAUAGAAGCACCAUCUCGUAUGCGUGCGCAUCCAUAGCACAAUAAUAACAAAUAGAAAAAGUAAAUGCUGUCAAAACAUCAGAAAUGCUAUCUUCUAGUCUCCGGUUUUAACUGAUUGAUUUGUAAGAAUUUAACUAUUUGAUGGUCGAAAUUCGCGGGAAGAUCGAUCUAAAAAUAGACUGGUCUGUGAAUACGCCGUUUCACGGCCACAAGGGAGUUGCUCGCUCCGUGUUAUAGGCUCUUGGUGAAACUAACUUUUCUAAGAGGUUAUCGUGUUGGCAAGAUUAGGAGGCUCUGGUCAGGUAAAACUAACCUCACAUAUAAUUUCAAGCAGUAAUUAAGCUAAUUGUUUUUUUGUUUUCAGACCUCGAUCCUUGCCUUAAUGUCGUUUGUCCGUCUUUUGGAGUCUGCAAGGCAUACAGUCCACAUGAAACACGCUGCGUGUGUUUCGAAGACUGCCCUACCUACCAGGACCCAGUAUGCUCUGCGAGUGGAACAACAUACGACAACAAAUGCUGGCAAGAGUUGAGCUACUGUAAGGGACUGGACAAAACCCUUGUGUAUCACCCUGGGAGCUGUGAAGGUGGGAAUAACUGAUUUCUAGAGCGAAUUCUUCAAUUUACAAUAGGUUGGUUCUUAGUCUUAUUUAUUUAAAAUGCUCUUUUUAAAAGGUUUCCCAGUUGUCCGUGGCCGAGUUGACCUUCACCGAGCCCCAAAAUGGACAGAUUCCACCUGCCAGACGGUGUAUUUCCCGCCUUAUCGUUUUUAUCCGGAUAAACAAGUCCAGGUUCAAGUUACUGUAAAUCACGUGAAAUUGAAUGACUCCGUGACAGUCCACGAUGCCGUCACUUCAUGGACUGAAAGUGUUAACUCCCAAAAUUUUACAGUUUGCGUUAUGCAGGCAGGAAGAAAGAGCAAAGAGAAGUUGAAUCCCUUUGCGACUGUCGAUUGGCUGGCUUACCAAGGAGCACCACCCAAUGGAAUGACAGGAACGAUUAAGAUGCAAAAGUGGUGGUCUGGGACGAAAUGUGAACAUGUAGCUUUUCCCAAGGUAAAAUGACUAAGUUAAAAAAUAAAAUCCCAUCAUUUUUUCUUAUAAUAACAGCGUCGAACAGACCCUGCUCUGACCGAAGGCCAGGUGGGAGGCAGGAAAGGAGCACCCUGAAUGAACACGUGCGGCCUCGUUUUCACCUUGUCCCAGUUCCCAAGGUCAAGAUCAGACUGUGAUCCUGGCCAAAGUGUUUUCUCGAUCAGGACGGACAGUUGCGGUCGAACAUUUGGAAUGAAAAAUGACUGUUCCACGCAUUUGAUAUAUAUAUAUUUAACAAUUAUUCCACGAGGGCGCGUUGGAUAUGAGAUGAUAGAUAGCCAACGAGGCGCAUAGCGCCGAGUUGGCUAUAAUCAUCUCAUAUCCAACAAGCCCGAGUGGAAUAAUCAGUCAUAAAUAUAUAUAUAUAAAUCAUAAAAAUAUAUAUAUAAUCAGUCAUAAAUAUAUAUAUAUAUAUAUAUAUGUGCAUUUUAUUAUUGCUACACAAGGCAAAUGAAUGUCUUUGCUGUACUAAGUUACAAGAUUAUUAUGAGAACCACUUUAUAAUUAACGAUUGCCUUAGUAACUAAAAUGAUGGCGUACGAGACAGAUUCUGUACAAUUUUAAGAUACUAAAUGUUUAAUCUCUAGUUUCUUAAACCUUACACAGAAUAAGUUUACGAAGAUACCUCUAAUUCUUGUGACCGCGGAACACUUGAGGACUGGAAAGGAGUAUGAUGCGUCCCUAAUAUGGACAGAAGAUCCAAAUAAGGACUCAUUUAAGGUCUGUCUUCGUGAAAUGCAAAACUUUGAUGGGAAACAUGAAGACAUUACCGUGGUACGUACUCGUUUUAAUAUAUCAAAAAACUUGUUCUUACAACAGUGAAAUAUAAUUUGGUGGAAUAUGAUCGUCCGGGAGAGUGUAGUCCUGGGGUCAACUGAAUACAGGGUGUCCCAAAAGUUCGUUCCUCUUAUUACAUGCGACAUAACUUUGGAUCGAAACUACACUUCUGCAUGAAAUUUCUUAACGACGUUUAUUGCUUUACUGAGGACAUAUAUUCGAAAAGUCAAUAUCCGGCAUGCCCUCCUUUGUUUGUUAUCACUCUCCGAAGCCGUUGCGGCAUGGAGUGGGAUAAGUCAUGUAGCGUGGCGAGCGGGAUUUUCUUCCAGGCUUGUUUGAACCGUCUUUUCAGAUCCUUCAUGGUUUUAGGCGUUGGUUCUUUAUAGACAACCUCAUCCAUUAUGCUCCAGAGAUUCUCCACAGGUGUUGAUAUCUGGGGAAUUUGGGGGCCAGCAUGUUUUCUCUAUAAAAUUUGGCAGGUUUUUUUUUUGCACCAUGCCCGGGUGGCCUUGGCUUCGUGUGCUGGCGCCCCGUCUUGGACGAACGUCAUGUGGCGAUUGGAACAGAACAAUUUUCGCUUGUCUUUUUCUUCAUUCACAUUUUUACGGUGGAGGACAGGCUUCACUUCUUUCUCUAAUAUGUUUUUGAUGAAGUACUCGGCAGCCAAGCUCUGUCCUUGGGGUAAAAUUUAAAAAAUGUAUCCCAGUGAGACCGCGGCCUAUCAUUCCGCCCCAUGUGAUCCACUUUGAACUUUUUUUAACCUAGCUGAUAUGCUGCAGGAACUUGGCUCACCUGAGAACCCCUAACAAUAUCACUUUUUGGAUUGGGCAGCUGAAACAAAUAUUUGGGACAUUCGUCCGAAAAAACAAAAUCAUUCCAUUCUUCCACACUGAGGUUUUUACACUGCUUAGCAAAUUUCUGUCGAGCUGCACAUUGCUUGGCUCUGAGCAAAGGUUUCUUUUGCCUUCUCAGCGGUCUCCAACCUUCGCUUUUCAUAAAUCUACAGAUGGUACUUUUUUCCCCAACAUGGCUUUUGUUUGCUAAUUGUUGUGAGAGCUGUCUGGUCGAGAUUCCCUUUAGUACUUAGCUUUGUUCAGAAUUCUUUUAGCUGCCUCAUUAAGGAUUUUCGGUCUUCCCAUUCUUUUCUUGUCUUCAAACCCGUCGUUUCUUGACGACCAUUUUACUACCCAACGUUCAGAUUUUUUCAGCUUUUUGGAAAUUUCUUUAACUGACAAACCAGUAGAUCUAAGUAUAGACGCUUGGGCUGUCAAGUAGCUGAACAUUUUAGCAUUAACAGCUUGCAUCUUUCAUGAUAUUCACAAAACCGAGGAAAGAUUGUGAGCGAUGCAGAACACAAAAUGCGACAAAUAUUUGGCGGGAAAACACAAACGCGCGUGCACACAUUUGGCGGGAAAAUGCAAAAUUGGAAUAUUCCAAUAAAAAGAUGGCGCAAAAAAAUAUAUUAUACUUUAUCAGACUGAAAUAAACAACUUUUGCAUAAAUGAUUUGUUUCACGAGUACAAUCGUAAGUUACGCUACAGACUUACAAAGUAGAGGAACGAACUUUUGGGACACCCUGUAGUGUAGUUAUUAAGUGUAGCUAUUGCUUUAGAGUCUGAAGACAAUAGGUACAGUUCUGAAUUACACUUGUAAAAGUUCUGUUAAAUUUGACUCCUGAAUUCACCUGUUUACAGCGAACAAAAUUUAGAUAACCUGUGCGGUAGUCAUCAUCAGAGUCAAAGCGACUAACCUUGUCUCUUUAAGGAGAAUAUUGUUGUUGUUUUAACCCUUUCAUCAAUUAUGAGCUGAAGUAAUUAUACAAAUAAUGUCAGAUCCCGAGAUAAACAGUUAAUUUUGUUUUCUCUCGACUCGAGGGAAAUCAAAACUAACUGGUUUCCCGAGGAACCUGACAUUAAAGUGCUACUACGAUCAAAAUUUAAUGUCAAGUUUGUUACAAAAAACGAUUUCUUUUCAACUUAUCAGAAGUGACGGUGCCUGUUUCGGUCAUAGAAAUCUCUUUUGGCGCUCUCUAAGUGAAAAUUUUGAGCUUGAAAAUGUAGGUUUUUCGCGUCCGCCAUUACAAAUUUAUGUUCCAGUGAGCCCACUGUUUGGAGUUGCGGUCUUAUAAUACAAAGCUAUUGUUCUCUGACUUGUGACGUCAUUUUCUGAACGCGCCGAGAAAAACAAAGCUGAGGGGAAGGGAGCGAUUCUCAAAGCUUCGCUCGUCUUCGCCCGAUUCUGGAAUUGUAAAGGAGGAAAUCAUCGAUUACGAUGACUCUGUAGAACCAGCACCGACUGAAUAUGAGAAAGUCAAAUACUGAGGGCAGCUAGCCUCAGUGAAGGAAGAAAUGCGCACUUUACCAAGUCGUAUUUUAUGCACUUUGUGCAGAGGGAGAUUCGGACUACUGGUAGGUGUACUUAUAUAUAAGUACUGCUAUAAUAAAACACAGGAAAGACGAUCGAGAGUCCGCACCAAUUUUACCUGCCUUCUAGCCAUUCGCGAGUGCUGUUUUAUCCAAGUUUAGAUAAAGUUUUGCUUUAUAGCACUUCAGGCACAGCGAAUCAGAGUGGGUACAGUUUUCAGUUCAGCUAAGUUUCAGUUCUAAAGCAGCUCGUUGUCAUGUUUUUUUUUUUAUUUACCAUCUUAAACGGACUGCCGUCCAUUAUUAUUGAAAAUUUAAUUGUUACUUUAGUGUUGCGUAUCUCAGCUGAUGAUUUAAUUAGAUCUAAUGUCAUAAAAGUUAAUUUACUCACUUUCAAUAUAAACAGAUAAGUAUAUAAGGGGUUCGCUCGCUCUGCCUUAAUUUGGUACAUCAAUUUAAUAACUUUCAGUGCUGACAUUAAAGACUGUCACAUUCUUUGUAGCUCAUAUUUUUUUGAAAAGGCUGUGUCUGCCUAUGCCUUCCCUAUCUAUUGACAGCAGAUCAUUAUUGUCACUUAAAAAUCGCAACACUAAUAAAAAUUCAGAGAUUUCACCUCAUCCAACUAUUGUCGAUGAUAUCCUCUUGUAUUCCCAUAAUUUUAUACAUCGCUUUAUGACAUUGUUGUAUGUGACGUUUUUUUACUAUUAUUCAAACCCAGGUGUGCAUAUUUUUGGCUAGACAAGAAAAUAUAUAGAGUGGAACGGUUAAUACAGACAUGCUAUGAUGUCGGUAUUAUCUGGGUGUCCGUAUUAUCCAGGUGUCCAUUUUAAGUUAGUUCUCCGGAAAAAAGUCACAGACACGUGAUUUAUUUGAUAUAUAGCAUAAAGGAACAAGGAGGAAGAAGUGUAGGAACAAUGACUGUAGCAAAAAGCCAAGGACGUGAAACUUGUUGAAUAGGAGACAGAAAAUUUAUCGAAGCACUACAAACAGGGGAAGAAAGAAAAACAUAUCAAAAUUAAAUGUGUCAUGCUAUUUGGCUGCAGAUGUUUUGGUAAUAAAAACUAGUGCACUUCGUACAAUGUCUAUAAUUGGCACAUCAUUGUGACAAGAAAAAUAAAAAGUGCCUAGGUAACCAGUGUCUGUAAACCUGGAUUAAGAAUAUAUAGGAAUUUCUGACUUUAAACACAGAAAAGUGUUUGUUGUCCACAUUAACUAUUGUGCGUACUAAGCUGGUUAAUUUUAAAGAAAAAAUGUGAGCUUUUCCUCAGGACAAACAAAACGCAGCCUGUUAUAUAUGGGUGUCAAAUUAAGUGGGUGUCUCUAGAUCAUAGAGUGGGUUAUCACUGCAUUAAUCAAUUAUUAUUUGCAACUAACUUUAUGUAUUGAAAAACUAAAUGGUUAGGUACAUCGCUAGGUUGCACGAUUCUGCUGAUAACACAGUGCGCCAUAAAUUCACUUGCCUCUAGGAAGAAGUGUCACCCAGUGGAAAUUAUGUUCAUCAUGGAGGUCCAUCCUCGAUUGUGCUCUAUGGGUUUUUCUUGUUGGUUUUUCCCAUUGCGAAAUAUUAUUAGAAACUAGCAUUUUAAGAGUUAAAACCUCCAACAGGGCCUGGGGAGCAGUUUUUAAAGUGCAGGGGCCGGUGACCACUUCAGGGCGGAAUAACGUAAUUUGCAUGCGUGAACUUUUUUGCCCAGACCCCUGGCCGGGUUUGAAAAAAUGGCGGGAUUUCAAAUAUUUUAUUGCCUAAAAAUAAAAUGUUUCCACUCAUAAUCUAGAAAGAACAGGCAAUUUGUCUUCAAAAGUUGCAAGCUGUGGUUAUAACCUAGUCGUUACUUCAUUUUCUUGAAGAAUACCUCAUAGUAAAACGGACUUUAACGACAUUAAUUUCCUUGCGUUGUACUGGAAAUGUGCGUGCGUAGGUCCGAUUUUUUUCGAGAUGCAUUCACAAAAUGUGUUUAUAUAAGGAAGUUCCUGGAUAUAUAAGGUCCGGAGCUCCACUGUGGAAACAAAAACAACAUAUCUUUGGACAGUGAUUUGCUCAAAAAAAAUAACGCUUGCCCACAAUGUGUUUGAAGUCAAUGAACUUUGUCGCACUCGAGCUGAUAUUUUAAAACCCUCGCUCGAUCGGACACUCGUAGUUUCGCAGAUCACUAAAAUAUAAGCAAAAUCCUCAAUGUAGAAGUCAUUGCGUUGAUAUGUGGGCAGAAAAAAAGGUCAAUCUUUAUCUAGUAAAAUCUUACCAAAAAUCGGUUUCAAAGCAACUAUAGUUUUUUUAAACUUGCUCGACUCGUUUCGCCCAGAUAUAUAAAUUUUGCUCUGUGUUGUCAAGUUGAACACGCAUAACAUCUGUCAAAAACCUAAGCGUAGGUAGGAUUUCCUUCAAACAAAGUUAAAGUUGCAUUAUUUCAAAAACUUCUUGCUGACAAUGAAAAAAUGAAUUUUCUGUGCGAAAACAACCUACCUAAAUAUCUUAAAAGCAAAAGAUCAGUUGCAACUUGGCAGCAAAGCUAAGCCAUGAUUCACCAUUUAGCUGUUUUCAAUAAGCUUAUACUGGUCCAUGCAAGGGUCUUCGUUUAAGCAAAUUAAACUCAGCCGAUCAUCAUUAGAAAAUACAGAAAAUUGCACAUAAGGGUUUGUUUUGCUCGCUUCAAUCAAAUCAAGCUGCAGCAAUUGUUUACGGGAAAAGAGUCAUUUGUUUUCAAGUCACUGCCGGCAGUUGCCGUCCUCUACUUCACAGCGAGUGAAAAGGACAAUUUGUGUACAGAAAGUUAUUCAUAUAAAGAACAGAAACUUUCACAGUGCACUGGAAAACAAAACUAUGUAGUGAAAAAUGAAAAAAACUCUGACUAUUAUUACUUGAGCAACAGAAAAACGAUCUUGAGUAAAGCUUGCUGGCCUUCCAUUUCCGAGAAAAUUUAAUAAGCGCACAAGUUUGUUGACUCUGAUGCGUUAUAACAGCAAUAUGGGUCUUUGACUGAAGAAAAAGAUGAAGCUGGUUCUGCAAAGGUAAUAAAUCUGGGCAUGUAAAAAAAGUAACCGAAACUACCAAUAACAGAAUACAAGCGGGUUUUAAUUCAACCCGGUGAAAUCAACUCAUAAAUUAAUCGGAUGCACAAUCAGAAAAUACUCGCCUCUUAAGAAAUGUUCAAAACCUUUUAUUCCACCUCAGACUGACGGAAUGAUCCGUUUUUCCUUUAACAUUGGUUGUUCUAAAUCCAAAGUAAUUUUCAAGCGAGGAAAAAAAAGCAAACAUGUCAAAUAAAAAUGCUUUACACGGAGCAAACGUUCGCACCUCGUGCAUUUCACUCAGAACUCUAGCAACAAACAAACACAGUCAACACGCAAAAAAUCCCUCCUUGAGCCUGUGAUAAGGGAUGCGCAGAAGCUUGCGCAGAACGUUUUUCCGCCCUGAAGGUGACCACCUACAUUGAGGUGGGGCGGGGGGAGGAGCAUUUUUUUGCUGUUCCCUCUUUUCGGCUGUUUAGAACUGUCAGAUUACUGAACCUUCUUUGAGUCAUUGUUGAGCAGAGUCUUGUUUAUAAAUUUCAAGCUGCUGAAAAGUACCUUUCUCCUGCUCUGCGUGAUUGCAAAAGCUGGAUCCACCACUAGAAGUUUGCAGAUCAUGAUAUUACACAGUAGGUUCCUGUAACGCCUUCAUUUUGUCUAUUAUGUCAUUGAAAUCCGUCAGAGACUACAUGAUCAGCCGAUAUAAUUCAUUUUAAGAAACCGUGGUUUGUGGAGUAGUCUUCAGAUUUAAUUAAACGGACCAAUGAUAAACUUAGAUGCUGGAAGAUUCUUAUUCCAACAAAGAUACUAUUUAUAUGAAAAUGUAUAUUACAAUGCAACCUCUAUAAUGAAGUCCUCGGUCUAACAAACCAUUUUGUUUUUACUCCAGUAAUAGUAAAAUAUAGGGCAAUAUGAAAAUGAGCCUCGAUAUAAGCUAACAAACCUCGUUAGAAUGAAAAUAUUUUGCCAGUCCCUUGGCCCUUUGUUUUGUCGAGGUUCCACUGUACUUAAUUUUAUAUAUUUAUUUUUCAAAAAGUGGGGCAGCCCCCUCCCUCUGCGCGGGCCCUGCCCUAGCUUGGCUCAGGCUAUAUAAUACCCCAAAAUAGACUAUGCUAAAUCAGGCAACAACGAAAAAAAACAAUAAAAUUGCAGCCUUUAAACAGUAUUACAAUCCUUGGUUUGUUUAUGUACAACUGUACCGUAAUCACUGGUAUGAUUGAAAAAUAAUGGAUUUUUAUAUUGCAUACCGUACACACAAUGUAAGUAAGACCAAAACGUGUCCUCCAGGUUCUAAGCUGGGACCUCACAUUUAUCUUGGGAUCAACAAGUGUGCAUAUCAAUUGUCAGGCUAGGGUGGAGAGUGCUUAUGUAUGUGGGAAGGGGCCAUGAAGCCACCUCAUUUAUAGGAAUAACAUUAGUCUAUCACAGAUUAGAAGAUACACCAAGGUUUUUUGAAGUAGCAAGGCUAUGCUGUAAGAAAAAUUGAAAGGAGCCCAGUGCUCUGAACCUGUGAAAUCCUGGGUGCCCAGCACAUGAUUUCAAUGAAAAAAUUUCCUAGUUGCCCCGGAACAAUAGUUAAGCACCACGGGCCAACCGGGUGCUGGUAGAGCACAACCUUGAGUAGUGAAACAUAAAGCGGCAGUGAGGAGCAGGGAACAUGAAACUAUCUCAUGCACAUGUACAUAACCCUUACUUGCGGUAAAUAUUUCAUUGACCAAGCCUUGGUGAUUAUUCAUUUAACUUGCAAUCUGUCAGUCACAUCUCAAAUUAUGAUUUAUAAAGUCUAAUAACUAUUAUAAGAAUUCAAUGCCGGAAUGAAAAACUUUUCUUUAUUCACUCAAAAGAAUAACAAUACACAACAUUCAAGAUAGGAUCACAAUUUUAUUUUAAAGACCACAUCAGUAAAUGGUAAUAAUUCUUGGUGUAUUUUACAAAAUUGCAAAAAAGUUUUUGCAAUAAACUUGUGUGGGUUCUCUUGCUUUAGCUUGUAGUUUGAACUGACAAUGUGUCUGUGCAGUUUAGAUCAGGCUCUGCGUUUUGGGAAGACUAAAAUUGAAAAAAGCAUACCUUGUGUUUAGUGAGGGUUACUGCGACCAGAAUGUUGGAAAUACUAAGGAAUUUACUGAAAUUUAAAAUAUCAUACCAUUCAGAUUGCACGAUGAUCCUGAUAGAUUUUAAUAUUUUAUAAUAAAAAUUUACAAAUAGAACUUUAAAGCGUUUAAUAAAAGCUCAAAGGCAUGUUAAAGGUGGUAACAGAACAAAUAGUACACUACAAAAGCAAGGUGUGAGCAAUUAUAGUGUUUACAAAACUAGAGGGCUCUCUGUGAUCUGUCGCCUUAGGGUAAAACCUUUCUGAGAGUUUCCUAAAAGUUUCGUAGUCGUCGCGUCGCGUUCAAGUCGAAAAAGGUCUAAGAAAAAAUUUACCUUCGAUGACUUCGCCAGUAGUAAAAGCGAAAAUAACCACCGGCGAUAUAAAUAAACUUAACAAUGAGCAUAGGGGACAUUCACUGCAAGGUUCGCGAACUGUAAGCUUACCUCCAUGCGCUCCCUCUGCGUGCGAAGAUUUCUUUCAGAUUCAAGAUCUGUUGAUUGAUCUUUCGUCCAUAUGCUGGUAAAAGAUCCAAGUUUAAUCUUCCGCCACUGUAGCUGGUUUGCGUUGAAAGCCUCGGUAAAUGCCAUUGCAUCACUCUUCCAAGUUAUUAAACCGAGAAAACAGCGAAACUGUCAGCUGCAAACAAACCUAUUCCUCGAAUCUCACAUUCAGUUGGUCAGACUCGCGUGCAGCCCAAUUCUCUCGAUUGAAACGGUUGCUGCACACAUAGAGAACCUAAUGUAGUAAGAUCGAAAGAGUUUUCCUAAACAAGAACGCAUCGAAGUGGGAGGAAAGGGAAUUUUGUUUGAGCAGGGUUCUUUCAAGAAAUUUGUCACGCUGUGUAUACUGCGUUAAGAAAAUGACGUCACAAAGCAAUUGUCUUGUGUUCUUGGUAACCAGGCCACAGGAACAUAGCGUUGUAAUGGCGGACGAAAACUAAUGGUUUUUGAGCGCAAAAAAAUACCACUUUCCUUAAUCGUAUGAAGCUAUAAUUUGCACACCAUGUGCUUCAAGUACUAAACUGCCAAUCUAGUGAAAAAAAAUGGUAGUCAAGAAUUUGAUCGUAAUAAGAGGAGCGAAUCAAAACAGUCGAUUCGGUUCUUAUAAGAACACAAAUUUAAUUCUCAAAGCCACUGAAUGAAUGAUUUACCAAGUACUUUUCUUAUUACCUGCAUCUUUUUUCUCCACCAGCUGCUGUUUCUCCUCAGGGAUACAUAACUGUGAAAAACGUUGCUUUUUAAAUUGAGGCUUCAUGUUUGUGUUCAUCCCCGAAAGUGAAAACUGGUAGUGUUUUUUCCGCCGUUUUCCACCAUGCUUUGAUCACGUAAUGUAAUGUAUCCCGAGCGGGGUACAAUUGCUCAAACGUAUCACGAUAGGGAUACAUUUGAUUUUAGCAAGAGAGAAUGAUUGAUUUUGGUCGAGGCGAUGUGACCAAGAAUCAACCGAUGGCAGUCCCUGUUUAGUUGAGUGAAAGUCUUGGAACAUAACAAUGCUUAAUGUUUUUAUGUAUACACAAAAUGCUCCUGUAGAGUUAUGAAGAAGAUAUUAAAGUAAAACAAAUUAUAUGAGAAAAGAGAAACCAUAGUAAUUUUUCAGGUGAUAUUUGCAGGCAUAGCAUCAAAACUUGAAAAAGUUGGCCUAGCUUUUUCAGGUUUCAAUCCACCAUGGCCAAAUCCAUCCUUGCCAUUCGUAACAACAGACAGGAAACAGAUUCAAUGCCUGAAAAUAAUCUUCAAUAACAGAAAAAAAAAACUGGACCGUUAUUUUUGGAAUUCAAUUGAUGCGAAAAUAGUUUUAGCUUUUCGAAAAAAAAAGCAAACAGCGUGACAUCAUGAUAACCUCUUUAAAUAAAGACUUUUUCUAAUCCAAAAAAGAGAAACGUUUAUAAGAUCGAAUUAUAUUUGUUGGAAAAAAGUACCCGAAAAUUCAAGUCAAGACGUUAAACUAUUUUUGUUGAAGUUAUGCAAGUAGGUUGAGGGUGAGUCCAUACGUAUCCGGAUAUUUUUGAAAACGGAGAUUUUUUUCCUCCUUUUUCAAAAAAUACGCGCCCACUGGUAACGUAUUUGAAUUGUUUUCGCCCGUCCACACGUAAAGGCUAAAACAACGGAAAUAAGAUAGAGUCCCUCACCAAGCUGCGUCAUGCUAGACGUAUAUGAUGUAUGACAUCAUCUUAUUCAAAAACCUCGGUUUUCGUCCGUUUACACGUAAACGAGAAGUCGGUGUUUACAAAAAUCUCCACUCAGGAAAGCGUUUUUGAAAAGAUGCGUUUUCAGUGACCGUUUUCACCGGAUACGUGUGGACGGUCGGCCAAACCAGAGGAAAAAUCUCUGUUUUCAAACAAAAAGGGAUACAUGUGGACGAGGCCUUAAUAUGACUGUUUGGGUGAAUGUGUGAAGAAGUCGUCAUCAUAACAGUCAAAGUGACUUCUGUAUCAUCGGUUGGUGUUAUUAACCAUAACGCCACAGAAAUUACAAUGGCAAAGGACGGAUAGAGACGCACGUCUCUCGUUUGGAGUCUUCACAGCAAAUAAAUUACGGCUUGACACUAAGAGAUAAUCAAUGCAUUGCGACAUAAUCAUUAGUUAAUACAGCCAAGAGAUAAGAAUUGAAAUCUUAACUGUUACUUAUUGAGGUGUGUAAUUUUAAUUGUUACAAUAUUAUUAACUUUGUUUCAGAGUUGGUUGGUAUUUGAUGAGCUAAGCAAACCGUUCUUCACUGAGGGUAAUUCUGUUGGGUUUUUAAACACAAAGCCACCAAAAGACGAAGAUAACAACGCUUAUUGCCGGGUAAGCAAACGAAGAAAAACACACAUGAAAUGUCAUAUAAGAGAAACCCGAAACUCAUAAGGAGUUGAAUCGAGUAUUUCUCCAGUAUGCUUGCUUUGUCCGAUGCUCAUAAUUAUUCAUUUUCGAAAGUACCAUAUUUGGAACGAGAAGAAAAGAUAACUGACCAAUAAAACUUCGUAAACGACGUGACGUAAUUUUACUUCACGUUCCCGUGUACGCUUAAAAAAAUGGCCGACGAACGGGGGGAAAACUCCCUUACGCCGAGUAAACUUUCAAAGAUUGAAACUAGGAAACUUACGGAAAUACUAAGCAGGAAAUUGGCCUACCACCCGGGCCAAACGCCAUGAAACCCAUUGACGACCGCGCGACUUCUUAAAGUCGUCACUUUUAAAACAUGGCGAGCAAUUUCACAUAUGAUGGCCGUCGCGCGCGCUAGUCGCGUCACUUUUUGGACUUAAAUUUCAAAACGCCGCUCAUAAAAUUACAAAGAAAUGUAUGAGAAUUUCCCUUACAGUGUUAAAGUUUUUCAUCUUGCUUCUCGAACGUAUGUUUGAUAUCGGGUCCAGCACUCGUUUUCUAAAAAUGCAUGUAUGCUUUUGCCGCUUUUCAAAUACACAGUGAAUAGCAGGUUCCUCCCAGAGCGAUGGAAACUUUGUUCUUUUUCGACGACAUCCGCCAUACUGCUUCUCAAAAAUUGUACCGAGGUGCCUCAGUAGAACAGCCGAAAUCAAAACACAAGUUGCCCCUGCCUGAUGUCCAGCAGUCCCAUUCGAUUGUCCAGCAAAGGUCGUUUUAAGCCCAAAAUGAGGUCUGUAAGCCUUUCCUCGCGGUUCUUAGCAAACGUAAAAUAUGCCUGUGGAGAAAAAUGGGAUAAAUAUCUUGUCGAUUCUUGGCCCGUGACAGCCAGAAAUACCGACGAACAGAAGUUAUAACCAACCUCAUCAAAGAAAACAAUUGUUGCCAUCUUGUUAAUUAUUCAGUUUAUGUACCUGCUUACAAAAGGUAAGGGUUUGAGUCUCAUUUGAAAAUCCGCUGAACAGCUAAAACGCUUCUUUCUUCCCCCUUUGAUUUCGCGUGACAAAAUGGAGUGACAGGAAGGCCAAUGAUUGCACAAUGUUGUAAAAAGAAGAAAAAUGGGUUUUGCAUUGUUUAUAAUUGCUUUUUUUUCAACUUUGUGUUAAAUACUAUUACCUUUUGCUUUAUAAAAUAAUAGAUUCUGUCGUAUUUAGCUAAUUUUAUAAAUAGAAAGGAACGUUAACGUAAGCCCACACCUCCAGCCGCUGACUAUAUGAAAAUGUUCGCCAUGACGAUACCUAGGUGAGCCUCCGCGAAGUAAACGUAUACUACAAAUAGGCUUUUAAAAUUCUCAUAUUUUAAGUCUAGAAUAAAUAGUAUAACAUAUUUUCGAAUAAAAUUCAUUAGCUGCGUAUCGAAUAGUGUCCAAAAACCGAACCUGCGAGUAAAAAUUGCAUUAAAAAAUCACCGACAUCUUCGCCACAGUGAUGCGUGUAUUAUGAGAAGCAUUAAGUAAGCUUAAAUUCACCUUGGAUGCUAUAGUAUCACGAUCGUGUUUUGAGCUAAUUUUAGCAAUGACCAAACUCAAAACAAUACAAUUCUCGUAACACUAUCUAGACCGUAGAUCAGUUCACGCAAGUAAAAUUCAAAUUUAUUCAACACAAAAUCCAUUUCAAAUCGGGGCGCAUUUUGUAAUUUUUCUUUAGGGCCGAAGAAAAAACGUAUAAAAGGUCUAUGAAACAUUUAUAAAGACAUAAAUUCUCCGAUCAAAAACACAGUUUUCUUGGCAAUAGAGUGCAAAAUGUACCUGAAAAUUCUGCAAAAACUUCGCUGCCUUAGUUGCACUUCAAAACAGACCAUGCGCUCCGCCGUGAAGAAAACAAGUUUGAAUUCCUCGAAGGACGAUUUUUUGAAAAGCUUCCCUUCCUCCACAAAAAGAAAACUGAGCAUUCUUUUAAACCUUCUUUUUCCAUUUUUUGUCUUUUGACGGUGUAUUUUCAACCGCGGCAGCCAUUUUGUUGAAAAUGGAUAUCCUUCACUAAGGUUUCCAAAUAUGGUAGAAGUGAAUAUAAACGAGCAUUGAACGCGAGUUACACGUUUCGACCCCUUAUUGGGAGUUUCUAAAGAAACCUCAUACAAAUUUAUGUUAGACUUCUAACGGAAAAGAGAGCGGAAAAAUUAUGUACAAAAUUGGAGACAGAUAUGUACCCAGCCAAAAUAGUAGUUUAAUCAUAUGAUCAACCGCUCACUCUUUGGUUAGAUGUAAGAAGUAUAGCAGGCUGGAAUUAACCUUUUUGGAGGCAAAAACUCUUUAAAUCGCCGGGAGAUAAAUCAAAUUUAACGUCGAUGAAUAACAUGAAUAACAUAAGGCGUCACAUCCUUAUGUUUGGUGAUAUGACAGGUUUGACAGGUUUUCAGUUAUUUUUAGAUCAAUGGAUGGCUGGGUUUUUAUCGGUUCACUAAAUAUAAGAAAAAUCCUCAUUGUUUAUUCAUUUUAACCAUCAGGAGCCCAUCAAAUGGAGCCUCCAUCUCCAUUAAUUUCUUGAGUCAACCCUUUCCCGAGUAGAUUUAUAAAUAGAACGGCUUGUUUCCCGCGAAAAGUGUCAUAUUUCCGUGAGUCUCGUAUGUCACCGUGAAGAAAAUGAAGUUGGAUGAAGUCGAACUCAGAAGCCCAUCCUUCGACCGUUUUCCUUUUUACUAUACGUUCAUUUUUAUGAUUUUACAGCCGCUGGGCUCUGGGUAUCAUGAAAUAAAAGUUAAUGAAUUACCCGACUGAGAUUGAGCAUCAAGCGAUGGCACAAAGGCAGCGAACUGAGGAUCACUGAAAGGCUAUCUUUGCGAGUGUUUUUAUUUGUCGUCAUAUAUUCAACAUGUAAGCAUGCACUUCGAAAAGAGUCGACGAUUAAGCGUUCUGUGGACGAUUUGGAACUUUUCGAUGAUCAGCGCCGAAAAAGUGCCAGGAUCAUGAUUUGAUUUUUGUGAUCACCGUGGAGUGGAUUUCGCCAGUUAAGCACCGCGUGCAAAAGCGAUGACCUAAGUAGCAACUAACGUGGAAUGCUUUAUUUCCGAAAUUGUGAGAAAUUGCAGUCUUCCUCUACAACUGACUCGCAUCACCAUGAGAGUUGCCUGAUGAAACUAGCACUUGAAAAGUUGAACAGAAGAGAACAGUUGCGACGUGAAGCUAACUCAAAAAUAAUUUGCUAACGGAGGAAUUUGUGACAUCGCGCUCCAGUCCAAAGACCCACUUGUCUCCAGAAAAACAAAAUGGAUUGUAGCUGCGACAAAAGAAUUAUGAUUGACUGACAGGACAAUUCUCAGCAGUUAAUGUAGAAGUUUAGGCUCAAUUCUUUCCUUCGAAUUCGCAUCUGUAGAUCACUUUUUUGUGAGAAAACAAUAGCUAGGCCCCGCGUUACAAAACAUAGCAGGGAAUCAUCACACUAGCUGACGGACAAAACAACCACAAGGACUACAAGUAUUUUUCAGAUAAACGGAUUUCGGAAAAAAAACCUUGAAAAACUAGAAAUUUGAUUAAUAUUGAGUCAUUUAGCCGAAAUAAUAACCUUAACGCCUAAAACAAUUUGCUAAAGAAAACGAAUCCUGUCAGAACUACAGACUAUAGGUAGUAGUUAAUCAUUAUGCAUCUAACAGACAAGCUUCAUGGUCUCUUAAUGUGAGACAAGCAGCCAAAAUUAAGAUUAACAUAUAGUCAGAAAAAACUCUCCACAGUAUAAUCUACCGGCUAGAAAGAAAAGAAAGAAAACUAUGAUCUCUGAGGGAUGAAAACGCUAAAGUCAAGUUUCACUAGCUUAUGAUUGUGUUUGGCCUGUCAACACCCAAUUUCCUGUGUCAUUUCGUCGUUGUGGUUGGCUCUUCCCACCGACGGCGCGCGAAGUCUCCCCUGGGAACCGUUCUAAUUAUAAAUCUACUCGGGAAAGGGUUGGCUCCAAGGGCUUGUAUGGGAGAUGAAGGCUCCAUUUGAUGGGCUCCUGAACCAUGGAAUAAGCACCAACUCAGCUGAAAACAUUAUUAAUCACGUUAUUACCCACUGUGUAUAUUAAUGAGCUCGAUGGGAAACUAGUUUGUCAAUUUUCAUACUUACCCCUCUCCGUAUCCUAGUCUUCGUUUAUUCUUUCGUUAAAAUAAUUCUGCGAAUAAAUUCUUUUUUAGUUUUUACUCAACAAAUCAAAGACCAAGCCAUUCAGCGAUCUAAUAUAACCCAAAACCUGUAAUACCGGUUAUAUUAUCUUCAAAUACCACAUGACGUUAUCUCAAUGAGAUUUCACCGUAUUUUAUUCAUGAGAUAAAGUGAAGAAGGAAAUGACGUCAUCAGCGAUAAUGCGUUCUCCCGCAAAAAGGCUAAUUCGGCUCUUACGAUAUUACUGAAGCAAAAAAGUAGAUACUAUCAGCAGAGAGUGUAACGAUAGUUGUUAUUCUUUUAAACGACAGUUUGUGAAGUUUGAAAGAAGCUACAACAUAACACCUUCAGUGUUGCUUACAGCCAAUCACAGCAGCACGGCUCCUGGGAACUCCGCACCAGAGCACAAUGGCAUUACAACAUGGAUUGAGGUAAUAAAAAAAGAGAUAAGAAGACAUUGUGGUAAUGUAUACUUGAGCGCACAAAUAAGCCCAUCCUCGUUGAUAUAGAUUCACUUCUCUUUUCCUAAGUACCUUAAGAUUACGAAAGACAUGCAGAUUGCGUCACAGUGACGACCGCAAAUACAUCUCUUCGCGGGCUAGGCCUAGCUUUGCUUACCCACUCUUGCCCGAAGACCCAUUGCAACAACGAGGCCAAUCUGGAGAUCACUAAAACUUUACUUGGCGCUCCGCUCAAGUAAUAAUAGGACACCCCAUUAUCCCCUCUUGAGAAAACCAAUGUCAUAGCGUUUUAAGCGCCAAGGGAAAGUGCUGAAAUGAUUCAAUGCCAGUCUUACAGAGGAGCCCAUAUUCGUUAUGUUAGAUGACGCUGAGCAGCUUGGCCCUUCUAUAAAUUACGUCUUUCUUUCCACAGGCGCCUCGCUUAAGUGACCAGGAACCAAAGUUUGUGUGAUGGUCGUUUGACUUUACCGCCAAUUUACCGAAAGAAGUCAGGAAUGUGUGGGCCAGUUUUCUUGCAAAACAAAGAGAGGAUAAUCUAAGAGAGCGAAUCCCUGUGCCUCAUGAUAAUUAUUUAAAAUCUAUUUAAAGUUCGCGCGCGUGCCGCGAAGGUUAUUUUUGUCUGUUGUCUGACAUGACAUGUUUCGCCGCCAAACAUUUGACGUUUGACAGCCGUCAUAGCAAUUAUUGCGCCAAAUGUUUAUGAUGUUGACAUGUUUUUGAUAAGCGCGUUCCGCUCACUAUUUACGGAUGAAUUUCGCUUAGAACGGACUGCAGUAAAGGAGUCGAAAUUAACUUUGAUAUUAAAGACUGAGAUUUCAGUUCUAACGGUAGCGUCAUUUGAAGUAACGAAUGUUCAUACUGAUACACGGUAAAAUUCAAAGGCAAAAGUUUUCACAAGCGAAAUACCAAAACCUUUAAUAAGCGGCUGGCAGGAAUAUUCCUGGUUCAGAAACAGCACACGCGCCUUUAAGAAUUAUUCUUUGGAGUUUUAAAGGGAUACUCUGUACCCAAAAGCAACUUUUGCUCGAAAGAUAGUAUUUGCACUAUUAUUACGGGAAAAUGACAAAAAAAAACAACAAUCGAAAUAUAUAUAUAUAUAUAUAUAUAUAUAUAUAUAUAUAUAUAUAUAUAUAUAUAUAUAUAUAUAUACAUAUAUAUAUAUGGAGUUUAACUGAUGAGUGGAUCAACUUUUUGUUGGUCUACGAAACAGACCUGUAUUAAAAUCCAUAUGUACCCAUAUUGAGUAGUCUAUUUACUGUUAUAUAUAUAUAUAUAUAACAGUAAAUAGACUACUCAAUAUAGUAUAUAUAGUAUAUAUAUAUAUAUAUAUAUACAUAUAUUAAUAAUCACAGGAGUUCAGGCUUCAGGAGUAAUCAUUGAUCGUUUAGUCAAUGCUCUUCAAUUAAAUGAAUUGAACGCUCUAAGAAAUACGUUCUACCUAGAAUACAAGUAUAUAUAUAUAUAUAUAUAUAUAUAUAUAUAUAUAUAUAUAUAUCUAGCCGGAUUUAUGAAAACCGUUCCAUUGGACUCCAGGAGCCCACACACCUUAAACUGACUCAACUAAAGUAAAUAUCGCCAACAAACUCAGCUCUUACCCAUGGUUCUCUUGUCCGGUGGUGAGUUGUUACACAGCCUCCAUAGACGAAUAUCUCCAGGGAAAGUUGAAGCGAAAUUAUAACGAUUUGCGAAUAUUGUCAGAUGCCGCGCUUCUUUUUUGAUGCGUGUGUCCCAAACAACCCUGAACAAGCAAUAUUUGAUCAAGUUGUAAUAAUCACUAGUAGCGCCUAUCCUUCUUUGCAGAACAUGGACGCAGGAGGGUUCAGGGUGUGUGUGAAGGAGUUGUACGAGACCAGAUACGAUCCCGUGUCAGUGAGUUAUGCGGUACUUGCAGGUCAGUUAAUGCGAGAUGAAAAAGUACUUGAUUUUAUGACGUAACUGGUUCACUGCAACAAACUAUCAUGUCAUGAUUACUAGGAGAUGUUACAAACUUAACCUGCAAAGAUGUCAGUCACAUGUUAUCAUUAUUUGAUAUGUUUCAUAUUCAGUCAGGUACGUAAAAACGCGUUAGCACAGAGACAUUGGUUUAUGUCACAUAACGUAUAAUCUCUGGCUUAUAUCAAUGAAUGUGACCGUCUUUUCUGUCAGAUAAACUCCUUAGUUAGUGCGUUAUAUAACUGAGAGCAUUAGCUGAUAACCAUUAGCUGAGGGCUUUUUUGUAAACUUUGCGUUUCCACAGAUAUUUGUGAUCCUGGGUGGAGCUAUUUCAAUGGAUUCUGUUAUUUGACGAGUGACAAAUGUGUCAAUUGGACAACGGCUCUCACCAAAUGUCGUCAGGAAAACUCGGUCCUUGUUGAUGUGGCUAAUGAUGAGGAAAAUGUUUAUAUUCAACAUCGCUAUAGUGGAGAAAAGUCUUGGCUGGGUUUGAAUGACAUCUCCAUGGAGGGUAAUUUCACUUGGGCGGAUCGCGGCGAGGGGAACUUUACAGCUUGGGCGAAGAAUCAGCCGAAUAACUUAAAUGAAGAGGACUGCGUACAUGCAAUUGGCGUGAAAUACAACUAUAAAUGGAAUGAUGUGAAGUGUAGUGAUUGUCAUCGGUACACUUGUAAGAAAGGUAGGGGCAAGCUUUCAGCUAUUUUAGUGGUAUUUGUUAAUUAUCAUAAGUUCUACAUUAUUCGACAUUGCCAAAAAUCAUCUUCAACUGAUAACCAAAGAGUGAAUGAUAUUUUCAAGUUCACCAAUGGACAAAGAAAAAGGUUUCUGUUUAACCUUUUUAUAUUAAUAUGUCAAACUUUUGGGAUUCCAUACCGAAGCUUUUUUGGUUUUUAAAGACGAUCCCAAAGCUCUUCAACAUUCGUACGUUGAAACGUGUUUCUGUUAUUUAUCAGUGGCGGAUACCCCUUUAUUUUUCGAACAAAAUGAGGCCCGAAGAGCCGAAAAAAUUCUUUUUUUGGAGACCGUUCCCUCCCCCCCUUAUCUCAAGGUCUGGAUGACCGCCCCCACUCCCCUUAUCACAAGGUCUGGAUCCCCCACUGUCUCUAUCAAGCAGCUAUUUCCAAGAUGACUUUUAUAUUUGCAGAUAUUUACUUGUAUUCAAGAUGAUGUCAUUUUUUGUUUUCAACAAAAGUCAAAAAUGGGUGUGACACUAGCGCGGUCUACAACAAUUUCGAGAAAGGUUGUCGGAAAAAAGUGCAUGCGACAAUCCCGAAAGGUAUAGGGGGUGGUUUUGAGUUUUUCAAAGAAAUUUGAAAGAAUAGCACGAGAGACCAUGGACGGAAUGUUUGCGAUUGCUAAAGAAAAGCAACAAAAGUAGGUUCGACAGUUAGAGUGUCAAGAAACAGUGUAUUGAUUAUAUUCCAAAUUACCUCUCGGGAUUGUCGCGUGUACAUUUUUCCAACGGACCAUUCUCGAAACAGCUGUAUAACUAGCCGCAGUUCUGGUUACGUAUGAAGUAACGUUAGCUAGACAAUUCAUAGGGAAAGCGCAUUUCAUUGCUUCAGCUUAAACUAAUUAAGGGCUGACACUUUGUUUGUAGCCCAUCGCUUAUUUUAAAUAAACGAUUAGACUGACAGGACUAAAUGCAAGAAGGCAACAAAAACAAUAAAAAAGGUUUUGCCUAAGGCCAUGGGGUACUUCCUUAAAAUAAAAGAGGACCUACAUUUACAAAAAAUUGUCCUGGUUUUUAAGUGGAACACACAAUUUAUCAUAUUUCUUUUUCAAUAAUUCCCGCUUAUUAGAUUUUAAUGAGUGUGAAAGAAAGACAUACAACUGUCACCUUCGCGCUUCAUGUGUCAAUGAACGUGGAUCCUAUUCAUGCAAGUGCAAGCCUGGGUACAUUGGAAAUGGACGUAACUGUGUUAAGCCAAAACCAAGAUCCUGCUCUGAAAUCUGGAACCACGUCAGCAGUAGCGGAAACUAUGUGAUUGAUCCAGAUGGCGAGGGAGGACUGGCACCAUUCACAGUGUACUGUGACAUGACUGGCAAGAAGGGUGUUGGCGUGACAGUCGUCAGUCAUGACAGUGAGAGCAGGAGGUACGUGCAAGGAUGCGAAACUGGAGGGUGUUACUCACGUACCAUUCACUACACUGGAGCAAGCCUGUCUCAGUUGGCCAGUCUCACCAUAGUUUCCGCACACUGUGAACAGUUUAUCAAGUACGAGUGUUACCAUUCGAGGAUAUUCGUAAACGGCGGAUUUGCUUGGUGGGUAUCACGUGACUCUACAAAGAUGACGUACUGGGGAGGAGCAUCUGGAAAUGGUAAGUGCGCAUGCGGGAUGACCAACUCAUGUGCAAACCCCAGUCUUGGCUGUAACUGUGAUAAGAAUGACAGUGUAUGGCGUGAAGACAGCGGUAUUCUGACUGACAAGACAAAGCUUCCAGUAAAACAGCUCAGGUUUGGUGAUACUGGUGACAGUGGCGAGAAAGGCUAUCACACUCUGGGGAAACUGAAAUGCUAUGGAGUAGCCUAGAGGCGAAAAAGCUUCAAACGAAGCCAAGCCUGUUAGAAUAUAUCACAGGUGUUUUUAGUUCACACGUAAUUGUAGCAUUUAGGAUAAAAAUAAUGGUCAGAAAUGUAAUAGAUGUUUCCAAACAACUGUCAAGAAAAGAAGCAUUAAAACAAGCACUUGCAUUUUAAUUUCUUUCACUGUCUGAAAGCACAAGUUAUUUUUAAAGGAGUCUUUUAGACAGGCCGCUUUUCCUUCCUCAGCCCCAUGGCUGCGUUUGCCUUGUAAACGCUAAUUUCCGUGGAUAAAAUGACCAUCGCAAUGUACUACCCCCGCCAGGACAACCCAGGCUUCAAGUUCUAAUCAAUGUCCAUCCUUGCCAUCAUUUGCGACAGAUGACAGAAAACAUUUUCAGUGCCUAAAUAUAGUCUUGAGUAACAGCACUAGACCAUUAUGUUUGGAAUUCAGUUGAUGCGAAAAACGUUUUAGCUUUUUAAAAUGACAAUAACUGGCGUAACAUAGCCCCUUAAGACCGUGUGAUCCUUUAAUACAGAAUGAGGUGAAUCGUGAACCACAAGCGAAAAACACGCCAACUGCAUGUUACGCAGGCUACUAGUCACUAGAACUAGUCAACUGACUUUUGGCUACAUUUUUAUAUCAACUGCAUGAAACUGCAACCGAUGUAGAUGGGUAUGCCUGGGUAUCAACGCCUUUAUAACUUUCCAAGAUUACUGGCUAUGAAAGGAUACGAUUUUUCUUUAAGAGGAAAUCAAGAACUAUUCAGUCUGACUUUGAAAUUCGUUUGAGUAAACAAGUUGGAAGGUGCACGCCAACAUGAAGGUCAUUGAAUACGUUCGAGCUUACUUCUCCGAGGCGAAUUCCUGAACAUCAGUGUUUAAUUACUGGAUAUAGCAGAAGUAAACUUUCUUAGACUUUUCAGACACUGCUAUUGCAAAUAACCUUUCAGUGAAAAAUAAGUGAAAAACAACAUAACAUUAUGAACAACAGUAUUUUAUGCCAUUUUUAAGCCAAAGCAUGGUAACAUGAUGAACAUAAGUAGGUUGAGUAUGAUCGUCCGGGUGAAACUGAGGACUGUUGGUGUUGGUAGUGAUUGACGUUUCGACAACCUGUGUGGUAAUCUGCGAAACAUGUACAUAGGAAAACAAGGGAAUAAAACAUAGAAAAACGGGGGAAAACAUUUGAAAACAUAGGAAAAAAGGGGGGUGCAGGGAAAAAUAUAGAAAAGCGAGGGAAAACAUUAAAAAACAGGGAAAAACAUUUGAAAACAUAGGAAUAAAGGGGGAUGCACUGGAAAACAUAGGAAAACAAGGGAGCGCGUUAGAAAACAUGGCAAAACAUAAGAAAACAGGGGGGUAUAUAGGAAAACAGGGGGAAACAUAGGAAACCAUAGGAAAACAAGAGAAAAAAAAGGAAAACGAGGGGAAAAUAGGAAAACAUAAAAAAUGGGGAAUACAAGGCAAAACAUAGGAAAACAGGGGGAUAUAUGGGAAAACAUGCAGGGGAAAACAUAAGAAUACAUGGGAAAACAUAGAAACAUACGGGGAUACAUGUGGAAACAGGAAAACAGGGAAAAAAAAGGCCGGACGAGAAAAUAUGGCAAAACCUUAAAAAACAGGGGAUACAUAAGAAAACAUAGGAAUAAGUGGAAGUACAGAUACAGGAGAAGCAUAGGGAAACAGGGGACAAAAACAAUAAAUAACAUUCUAUAUAUUCGGGACAUAUUAUUGAGUCUUACAUGAGGUGCUAACCAAAAAGGGUCUGUGCCACGGGAGAAAGUUCCUAGAAAGGGUAUACUAUAUCCUCUAAUCUUAUGACUAAGUAACACGUUAAUAACUACAGGGUGUUUCAAAAGUUCGUUCCGAUUUUUUUCUUCGCUUAAAUUUCACUGAUUAGUUAAAAAUACCUUUAGUAAAACUAAGUGUGUUAUUCAUUAUUCAGUUAACAUUGAAUAACCGAAAUAUCGGUAACCAGAUUGUCUCUAUUUAUGUUUUCUGACAUAUUCUAAGUGGUGAGGUAUAGAAUGUACGAGCUCCCAAAGCGUGUUUAAAGACACACUUUUCCUGGCGAAGCGUAGUCACUGCCUUAGCUAGUCCAGUGAUUUUGGGGCUGGAUCUUUGUAUGUUUUCUCGUCAACUAUAAUCCAGAUGGUCUCUAGGGGAUUCACAUCACGUGAGUUUGCCGGCCGGUCGCCCUUUUCUAUAGAGUCUUCAAAUCCUUCUCACACCAUGCGUGUGCUACGCCUUUUUCUCUUCAAGGCUUUCCAACCUUUACUGGUCAUGUAUCUUCAUACCGUUGUGCUCGAAACUUUGAGAUUGUGACGGUGAAUUUUUUUUUUACCUUUCUGUCUUGUAAAAUUAUUACGCAUAUACUUACAGCUUUUUCGAUAACAUUUCUCACACAUUUAAAAAGAGGCAGCCAUAUAUUCCUUUGUUAUUCUUCUAAGGUCUUCACUUUUGACCACUUGUUCACUUAUAUCGUUCAAACGUUUAUUAUUAACAAUUUCUUUGACUGAAUGGCCAGAGAACCAAAAAAAUAGAUGCCUCAGCUUUAGCGCAAACAGUGAAGGCCUUCAUUUUCGUGAAAGAGUAGAGAACAUUAAAGUGUCCAUGGUCUAAAAUUUUUUACCUUCUUAUCUGAAACUACAUCUUAUUAAAAUAACUUUUGAAAAAAUUUUGCGAUUUGAACCAAAGGCGAUUUUUUUAGAAUUUUUUAAAAACGUUCAAAUUUGCCUCCAUUUUGGCACACCAUUCGUCUUAGUCUUCUCUCGGAGUAUGACGUCAUAUGACGUACUUUAAGGAACACGUGACCUUAUCGACAGGAAAACAUUAAGAGUUUUGGUAGGUUUUUCUGUUUCAGAAAAAGCUUUCUUCUUGCGAAGACAUUGUGAUUCAAUCCUUACUUGUAAUUGAUCUUUUUUUGUGUACAGCUGAUGAAGGCAAGGUAAUGCGAGGUCCUUAAUUUACGUCACAUGACGUCAUAUGUGAGCCUGCUAGUUUGCGUGAUCAGAGGCGCGGGUGUACCGCAAAAAUGUAGACUUCAAAAAUUGGUAAAAAAAUCGCGUUUUGUUCAAACAGCAAAAUUUUUCCGCAGAAGUUAUUCAAAUAAGGUAUAGUUUCAGAUAAGAAAAUAUGAAAUUUUAGGUGAUGGGCACUUUAAAGAAAACGGCCAAAAAACAAAAAUAGAAAACCUACAAAAUGGGCAAGGAACAUAUGGCGGGAAAAAACUCGCGUACGUGCACAUUUGGGGCAAAACUUCAAAAAUAUUGUAAUUUCUUCAAAUUUUAGUUUGAAAUUUCUUUGAACGGUUAUUUAGAUAAAUUUCUUACCGGAAUAAGUUUGAAUUUGCGUAAAGAAGCAUUAAAUGCUUUGCGCAAAAUACAAGUUAUAAUCGGAACGAACUUUUGAAAAGCCCUGUAGACCCACUUAACUUUGAUUAGAGAGGAAGGCGCAAGCACACACAUCAGAGUUCUUACUUCACCGUUAAAAGUAGAAAAAGUACUUAUCAUGUUUGGAUCAACGCUAAAAUAGAAGGGAGUUAUGUUUGGGAAGGAUUCAAACCACAAUCUUAUUUAUCAGCCUGUUUAUAGCCUAUAAGCGACGCUUUACCAGACAAACUAGAUUUCACGGUAUACUACGACGCGAAAGAAAGUAAACUACACAAUCUCUCGAAUGUAAAUAAAAAAUUGACCCUCAGAGGUAAAAGGAGAAAAAUUUGCAUUUCAGAUGAGGGUUGACACACCGAGCAAAGAAAGAAAACAAUACGAACUUUAUUAUUAGAGUACCUAACAACUAGCCCCACCUGCGAGCCUCUCUCUCCCCUUGUUUUUUAACUCAACCCUUUUUUUCUAAAGUAGGAGUAAAGAGUUUCCUGCAGAGGAAGGUGGCUUAAGAUUUGACAUAACCCAUCUUCUCUAUGGUCACUAAUGCAGCUUUCUGUCACACAAUCGUAUCCCUUAUUUAAGACUGACUUUUUAUAAGCUGCCAUGGUCAGUAAUAGAAAAGAGUGAGCAGUUUUGAGAAAAUGGCGUGAAAAUUAAUGUUGUACUCAAACUCGAUCUUGCCGUACUCCCAGUCAAAUCUAAAGGCUCAAAAUCUACAUGCUACAGCCAGAACAAUGGGAAGGCAUGUUCACUUGAAGUAAAGUAAAGUAAAGUAAAGUAACUUUGAAUGAUCGAAUUAAGACUUUUCUUUCCUCGUGACUGUAAAUUAACAGCAAUUUAAGCACUCACAAAACCGAGACCUGUCAAGGGUAAAUGAGGAAGUAACUGAGCCACUGUCAUAAAAAGAGAAAGAAGGAACUCUAAGGUCUCUAAUGAUGAAACAAGGAAGUAAAUGAAGCCAAUGUCACAAAAAAGAAUAAAUUUUGGGCAACGUCCACACGAGGGCUUUUAAGCUUUUAAAAGCAAAUUAAUUUUUGUGUUGACCUUUACGGCUUCCGUCACAGGCAGCCCAAAUUUUAUGAGAGUUAGUCUGAGAUUUGAAUUUUAUGAGAACAUGUUUUGGAAUGAACAAAACACGUCCAAAAUCCAGGCUUUUGAAAGAUUGGACAUAAAUUGUCUUACCUCAUGUUUGUUUUAUGUAUUGUACCUUGUCUAAUACUUGAGCCAUUCCGAAGCCGUUUAGAAGGCGAGUUUAGUUUUCUUAUCGUACGUAAGUACAACUCGAAAUUUAAACCUCCCCAGAACGGCUUCGAAAUAUAGUAGCCCCAAAAGCGAACAGACGGCAAAAGGCAGAACACAAAGGCAAGGUAAGUCAAUUCUAUUUCGAAUCUUUAUCAAAGGCACAAUUUAGAUCACGUUUUGUUUGCUCCCAUAUAUUCUCAUAAAAUUCAAAUUUAGAACGAACUUCCAUAGAGUUUGGGAUGCCUGUGGUUCCGUCCACAACGUUCGGUGAACGACACGAGCGAUCAUAGUAGACCAUCUAGUGGGUCAUAAACGGAUUAUUGAAUAGCAAGUUUAUAUCCAUCAACAGACUUGAGCAGGCUGGUGUGAACUUAGAUUAACAGAGAAAGAAAUAUUAAAUAGACGUGUUCAAAGAUUAGAUUUUCAUGUUUGAAAUGUUAACAAAUGUAAGCGUAUCAGCUGGCGUAUCAAUACUUUACACGCCAGUAGCGAUUUCCUUUAACAGUAGAACUGAGCUCACACCAAAACUGUAUAGUGAGUUGAGAGUACGGCUUUCCUUUGACCAUAAGUGUUUGAGCUGGUCCAGAUUUAUACACGACGAACGGAGAGUCGGUAAGUAAAAAUAAUGUAUCGCGCGUUUUGAGGAAACUAAAACAAAGCAAAUUUAUAACUUUACAUCAAUUAAUCACAAGCAUGAACAGAACACUCGCUACGCUUUCGAUUCACCUUCAAAGUUUCUUCACAAUUUACUCAGCAGCGAGACAGUGAUAAUUACGGCAGCUAUAAAUGCGGAGGAUUUCAAUAAUUUGAACAAUUACGCGCUACUGUAGACCAUAGGCCUUUUCCUCAGGAUACUGAAGUACAUUUCGCUUAAAUUACAUAGCAUUAAAUUUGCUCUUUUUGAAUUCAAAUCUAAGGAAGCGACAUUGAUUAAUCUUUUUAUCAUAAUGAAAUUUAAACAUGAUGCGAUUUACCGGCCGCGUUUUCUUUUACUUAGUGGUUUGAUAGAAACAUGAUUUAGAACAUUUGUUCUUUCCUUUAGGUCUGGACCCUUUAUCGACGAAGUAAUCAUGUUAUUGAAGAUAAUUCCUGUGUUGGUGCUGUCCUUAGUGAGCCACCCAAGAUGGGUAAGUUCGAAAUUCUUGUUUUCAGCUGAACGUCAGACCAAUUUUGUCCCUCGUACGCCAGUCAUUCCGAACAAAAAAACUGCGAAACAUUCCAUUAUUCUUUGUUUGAAAAUCCACCAAAGACGAUUUGUUUAAUAUCAAAUGUUUCAACCAACGAUUCCUCCUCGCAGAUAAGCAAACUUAUAUCAAAAGUCCUUAAAAAAUCGAUAACAGCAAUACUAAGUAGCAGCGUGUGCCGACUUUGUCGGCUUUCUAGAUCUUGGCAGAAUUACAUCGAUGAAGUUUUUUGGAUUUGGUUAAUUAUCUCUCCCUCGCUGAGAAGAGGCUAUUCUAGUUAACACAUUCAAAGUUUUAGCUGAGUUCUAAUAAAAUUAGUCUCUGUAGUCUGAAAACUAGAGAUCGAUCUGAUUUUCCCUAACUAAGACUAGAAUCUGGUCUUUAUUUUGAACAAGCGAAAAAUUUAAGAACGCUUUGUCUGAAACAAAACGAGAGCUGAAAAUCUUCAACUUUCUCAGUAAAAAAACACAACCCCAAAAAUCUACUCACACAACGUGUGAUGACGUGUCUCACUGAGUUGAUAAGCUACUUCUAAGAAACUGGUUAGGAAGCUCAAGAGUUCGUUCUCUAUAACUCAAAACGGGUGGCACUAAAGUCGUAAGUCGAGCGCGAUAUUGCGAACAAAGCAAUCACGUCUAGACACGGACAUACAACACGCUUCUCAGCUACAUUUGAACCCUUGUCUGAAUCGAAAGCCCUGCAAAAGGGGACUAUGACAUGACGAGUUCCACAGUUUUUGGUUAAAACUAAGCUAGGGUUAUAACUAAGUAUUCUCAGUCACCUUCUGUUGGAACUCUAAGAGAAAAGUAUCAUAGAAUUCCAUUCAAUAAGAAAACAAAGCACGAUCAAUUUUUGGUCAUUUUUCAACAACACAGGAGCUUAACUUAAAAACUUGAGCCCAAUUUUUUCUGGUUGCAAUCCGUUUCUGUUCUGGCUAUCGGAAGCCACAGACAUCCUUUCAGUUGAGGUUUUGUUGUAGAGUAAUUUUAAAUUAAACGAAACUAUUAUUCCUGAGUUAUGUUUUAACACCAAAAAAUCGCGACAUGUCUUCUUCACGUUCCGUAAGUCAUGUCUAAACUGCAGAUGUGCGUGAUAUGCGCUUAAAGUCUGUGAUUCCCAUCGAGAUUUUUUUAAAUAUACACAUUGCCUGAAAAAAUGGCAAAUGAAAGUAAGUCACUCAUUACGGCAGUAAAAACGUUAGAAAAUUCACCCAUUCCACACCAACAACAGGCUUUUGUACAUAACGCUUUUGUUUCCCCACUUAAAUGCUCCACUUAACUGCCACGUUUUCCCACUAUUGCUCAGUCACCAAUCAAGCCUUAACUGUUCGGAUACUCAUACUCACCAUACUAUGUGAGAUUGUUUUAUCAUUUCUAAACAUUUUGAGAGAGUUUAUGGCUAACAAAAAGACGUAUAAGCGUAUGGAAACGAUGUUUUCCAUUUAUUAACGAAAAUAAAUCCCCCGAAAACUACCCAUAAUCAAUUGCCAAAACCUAACACUUGUCACAGAUUUCUCACGGAACAGCUGAAACAUUCCACAGCUAAAACAUCAAACACACAAUUCAUAUCCAAAGAGUAAUACUUCUCCGAAAUUUCAUCAAAAAACCAGCGUAGAAUUCACACCAAACAUCAUAGGACUCACCUAUGCCACAGUCAAAGUAUCAAAGAAGCUACAGAAUUCCAGAAACUCAAAGCUUAUGUAGCAGAUUUUCUGUAAUCUGGUUUGUUUCAGUUUGUCCUAGGUCAAGUGGCUUCUUUUCAAACUGGCAAGUUUAACAUGUCGGAUAGUUUUCAAGACUGGAGCUGCAGCAGUGCCUGUUCACUACCUUCAUACUGUCGUCUACCCCGCUGCACAAAAAUUCCUUUCCCAGAAACAUUUAGCGGAUCAGGAAAGGUGAGUGUACUAGUUUAAAUAUUAAAGAAUAAAGCGAGCGAGAAAAUUAUAAGCGUAAUUUUUUAUAUUGUUUCUCUUAAAAUUGUGACAAAAAUAUUGAAUUGCAUCAUCCAAACCAGAAGGAAAUUGGAGCAGUUUGUUUCUCUAUCUGGAAUCACCUCAUCUUUCACUUCACGUAUUACUAAUAUCCUGGUUUAAUUUUGCUUUGAGGUCCGUGUGCACGUGUCACUAAGCCAUGGUGAAAAGUUUUCACGUGGCCACUCACCUGCUGCAUUGUGGGUUCAUUCUGUCAGUACACGUGGAUUUGAAGUAUGCGCACGUGAGGCAGGUGCUGGCUCAAAUGGAACUGGGAUCAUAAACUGGAUGGCUCUCCAAGAUCACCCGCAAGUGAAAUAUGGUAGCGUAACACUUGGCGAAAUAUGGACAACAGAAACCAAGUGUCAGAAAGUAACGUUUAAGCAGGUUUGACACCAAAGCUAAAAUAAGAGGGAAAAUAAGUGAUCGUAGUUUCUUUUUUUUUUCAUUUCCCAGUUGAGGCAGCAUUUAUUUUUGGUGUUACUGUACUUCCAUGCAACCAGCAAUCCGAUUCGGUUCUCCUUCUCUCUAAUCAUGAUUUCUGUGUCCUUUGACCAUCUAGGAACUCUUUAUAUCUUUAUCCUUUCUGACUUAUCAAAUCAUAUGACUUCGUGUUGCCACGACUCCUACUACCUGCCAGGGCCGUUGGGAACCGCCAAGAUUAACAGUUUAACGAAAAUUUGACAGCAACUGUUUAAGGCCCCACUCUAUUUCUGGCCUUUGCGUGUUGAAAUCCUACAUUCAGGCUGAGCCACAGUGUACGCCACCAAUCCAAAAACUGGCACGGCGCUCACCUGACCAGUUGUCAGACGAUCCUGUUGCACUCUCGGUAUUACACGCAAUAACACCACCAAGUUUUAAGAUAUCGAACAGAAUUAAAAGAUAAAUGACUUCCCAAAUUUCUUGACAAUGCCGGCUUUGUCUAGCCAUCGGGCUGAUACCUUCUCUACACAGAAUUAUAAUUAUCAUUAUGAUACCAUUCACGAUACUGUCUAUAGCACCUUAGGAAGAAGAGCGCUUAAAAAACGACUUGUUUAAAGCCAAGAGUAGCAAAAUUUAUCCCGUUCUGAAAGCCAGAGGUGCUACUUUCGAGGCAUACAGGCGCUCUCCAAUGCAGGAAAUCUUCUCAAGCAGUAGUCAACAAACUUCACCUCGAGACAUGCUGCUUGACCUCCUUUAACUGAUUUAUCCAGAACCCAGUGUAAAUUUCAAUCUGCAAGGUGAACAGUACACAUCUUGAACUUCCCAUGUGCAGAGAUCUUUGAUCUUUGUAAAGUUUCUAGACCGGUAAGAAGAAAUGGCCUCUCACAAAUUCGUUCAAAGAUUGGUUGUCUAUACUAGAAAGGUGCUCAGUAUCAUUAGGUAUUUCUUCCAUGAAAAAUACGAUGUUAUUAAUUCGACCACAUCGUAUCAGUUACCACAAACUGUAAUGUCAUGCUUGGCUAAAGCAAAAAAAAAAACGUGCGCUAGCUGGUACCUAUCCAUAACACCCUUUUCGUUGAUGUCAAUGUAAAAGCUUCAAAUUUCUGAAACCAACUUGAAACUUUGCUUGAUUGACUUAUGCAAAGUUUGCAGAAACUUAGGCCUUACCAUCAAUGCAAUGAGCCUGAAAAGACAAGUGUUACAAUGACGUACUGGAGGUUGUGGAGCAGUUUGUGUGCCUGAGAUGAACAGUCCGAGAAUACAAUUAUUAGUGAUGAGAAUUAAGGUCAUCAUUCGAACGCAGUCAAUGAGAGGUCUAGCGCAGAGUCAGAUCAGUACGCACAGUGUGUGUACUGAAGAAAAUCACAUAACACGGGAGAGCAAGGCACAUUAGGUGCGACUUAAUCAGCAGCGAUAUUACGAAUUGGCGUCUUGAGUCCUAGCCGAUGCUAUUCAACCAGAGGAUAAUAGCUAGGUCGUGGAAAUUGCCUCUGCCACUUUUACUAGUAGCUCCCGCUACAAAUAUUAAUUCACGUUUUCCUUUAUUCACUCGUUUAUUCUUUUUACCAAUUUCACCGCGAUUUGAUUUCGUCUCCAACGUCAAAAGCUUGUCUUAUGAUUUUGUCUCCAUGGUAAUAAUAACUACGAUUUGCAAAUAUUUCAGAGCUUCGCUGCCAGACCCUUUGUGUUUGUCUCGGCGAAAUACACUCGAGCUACAAAACCCAGUGACGCAGUGUAUGUAUGGUUGGAGAACGUCAGUUCCAGAGGCUUUGAGGUGUGCAUAAGAGAAUUCUCGCCAUUUGAUGGAAAACACCAAGAUACAAUUCUGGUAGGUGUGUAUACAUAAGAUAUAGAGGCAUCAAUCAGAGUUCCAAUCAUUCCACCUCAUUAUCAUAGCAACCACUAUCAUCAUCGUUCUUAGCCUCACCACUAUCAUCGGCUCACUGUCAAUAUAUCAUCCUCUUCAUCAUCAUCUUCUAAAUUUCUUCGUCGGCAUCAUCGCCAAUUCGUAAUGUUAUAUUAGUUUUUUAGAAAUCCAAAAUGCAAACACCCAUAUAGACAUUCACUAAGGAGAAAUAUAGUUGUUACACUUUAGCUUAAAAUGCUUGUUACAAGAAAUUGGAGAUUGCAGUCUCUUGCCUUUUAUAUCAUCACGUUUUCUUUUUUUCCUCUCAGGACUGGUUCGCCUUUUUGGGUAAUGGUUUCAAUUUGAAUUUAACGAUGACGGGAGAAGUUACUUUUCUCAACAUUGGCAAACCGAAAGCAUAUGACAACUAUGGAUUCUGCCAAGUAUUUUACUUUUCAGUUUUAUAACUUAACAGUUGGUUAUCUCCAGAUAAAGAAGACAUCUUAUUGAGUUUCGAACCAGUAUUUCCAGGUUAAAUUGUGAAAUCAAAAUGAAGUGUACAUCCUGCAGUUCGAACAUCAAAAAUAGCAACAAAUUACAGUCAAUGUAGCUUUCCAAGGAAAAUUUGUGCAAGGAUUACACUGUAAAUCAGAAAUGACAGAAAGAAAUGUUUUUGCCUUAAAAAUGAGGCCGUUUCGCUGAGCAAGAUAUAGUCCUAUUUUAUGGGUCUAAUUUGGCUCCCUUAAUCAAUACAGUCCAAUUACCCAGGGAUUAUUUGGACCCUACGUGGCUGAAAUAUGUCACAGUGUGGGUUGAAAUAGGCUUAAAUUGUGCUCAAAUGGCUCCAGGAGAGGCGGAAUCAGACUUUGGCCUGCAGGGCAGAGUUAGCACUUUGGGGCUGAAACAGAUCUUUUAAAUUUUUAGUGUACUGUCUGAAUCAUAUUUCUUCUGUUCGGGCAGUUUCAACACAAAAAAGAAUUAGCACCACAUGAAGUGUUCAUAUUUCACUCACUGUUAUUACAGACUGUUCCUUUCAACACCACCUUCUACGCGUCACCUGUCGUCCUGGUUUCUGUUCAUCACAAUUACGACCGUAAAACGAACGUCAUUCCAAAGAACAAUAUUGUCAUCGCGUGGGUGAAGGUAUAGUAGCCUGAAACGUAAAUGAUGUAAUAGACCCCCAAAGAAUUAGUCUUCAUCAGUUUCAGGAGCCCAAGCAGCUGGGCGAUUAAUAGAAAGGAGGCGUUUAAAAGAGAGAGACGUUUAUUCUCACAACUAUAAAAACUACACGAACCUAACAUGCUUUCGGCGAAUACAUUACCUUAGUUUGUAAAUAGCAGAAAGCUAAAGGUGUUUACAUCAAAAUGAAGCACGAAACGGAAUAAAUAAAGCGAGAAAAAAAGCAAACGAAAAAGGUAAAUGAAGCAAGAAACUGAAUAAAUAGAAUGAGCGCUUUGGUUGUCUAGAGGAAACGUAUGCAGUGCAAAAUUACCUUGUCUUCAAGACUCCCGUUCUCUUUCAGGAAGUUGGCGUAAAAUCCAUGACGAUAUGUGUCAGAGACCUGAGUGGGAUGGGCCAAAAACACGACCCUCUCACGGUCAGUUAUGUUGUCACUGGAGGUGAGUGUUACACGUUGUACAAACUCCUCAGACAAAGAAAGAUAUAUUCAAAAGAAUGACCAAAAGAAGAUGAUACGUUGUUACUUUUAAUGCCAAGAAAUAUGUUUUGAAUUCCUUGCUUCUCAGACAGUGGGAGGCUAUGUCAGGUAAUGACCCAAUACGAUGUAGAUUCGAACCAUCGAUCUUUUGAAUGAUCUGAACGAACAAGUCCAUUCUGAAUACAUAUAUUUUCUUGCAAAGAGGAAAUUAUGUAGGCACUGAGAAUAAGUUUCUGUGGUCCAAAAAGGGAUCACAAACGUGCGCUUUUACAUCUCAACAUAAUAUAUAUAUAUAUAUUUUUUUUUCGGUUUGUUUUUCAGACCUUCAUCCUUGCCUUACUGUCCACUGUCCAUCGUUCGGAGUCUGCAAGGCAUAUAGUGCUCAUGAAACACGCUGUGUGUGUUUCGAAGACUGUCCUACCUAUCAAGACCCAGUGUGCACUGCGAACGGGACAACAUACGACAACAAAUGCUGGCACGAGCUGAGCUACUGCAAGGGGCUGGACAAUAACCUUGUGUAUCACCUGGGAAGCUGUGAAGGUUAGUAAGAGACAACCUACAACGAAGAAUUCUCCGUAGAGGCCUCGUUGUGCUGGGGUGAGUGAAUACGAGAGCGCACUGUCUUACUUACAUGUUUUAAUUGAAUUCUGUUCUUGAAAAAUAGCGAGCGCGUCUCUGGAGAAAAGAGAAAAGACAGAGACGUGUUGCAAACACUGAAACAAACAAAAACGAAAACUAAGUGUAAUUAUUAGAAGGUGAGACUUUGGUUAUCUAGGCUAGAGCUACUGCACGAGCUCUUGUAAAUUGCUUUUCUUUUUAACAGGUUUCCCAGUAGUUCGUGGCAGUGUGGACCUCCUUCGAGUCUCAAAAUGGACAGAUUCAACCUGCAAGACAGUGGAUCUUCCGCCUUACCGCUUCUACCCGGAUAAACAAGUUCAUGCUCAAGUUUCUGUCAAUCACAUGAAAUUGAAUGACUCCGUCACAGUUCAUGAUGCUGUCACGUCAUGGACUGAAAGGGUUAACACUCAAAAUUUUACAGUUUGCGUCAUGCAGACAGGAAGGAACAGCGGAGAGAGCCUUAAUCCCUUCGCGACAGUUGAUUGGCUGGCUUACCAAGGAGCACCACCCAAGGGAAUGGCAGGAACUAUUAAAAUGCAGAAAUGGUGGUCUGGGACAAAAUGUGCACACGUAGCUUUCCCCAAGGUAAAAAGGGAAGAUAAAUUAUUAAACUAGAAAUACGUGUCCUGCAGAAUCUCUCGGGGGAGGCCAGAAAAUGUCAGGGAUGGGAAGGCGGGAGAGAAAUGGAGUAAAUAGUGUUACUGGGGAGGGUGGGUUUCAGCACUGGCUCAAAUAUAGGAAGGUGAGAUGUACUUAAUCUCCUUUUGGUUGGAGUAAAUUUGGACCCAGUGCUCUGGCUUUAAAAAGGAUCUUCUGGGAUUUAAAUGGGGUUGCUGUUGUUAAAAAAGCGUAGCCAAUGUUGUACAGGUCCCUUGUUUUCCUCAUUUGACCCUCCUGCAUGUGUUAUUAUAGUCAAAAGGAAAUGUGUGUGAUGGUGGAUAACUGCACGCUAUAUGCAGUUGCAUUUGCUUAAUAAAAGCUAACCAUGCCGUCUCUAAUAUUAAGUGGAAUAAUUAUCUGUGAAGUGUGUCAGUAGUAGUGAGUGGAUGAAAUUGUAGGAGGUAAUGCUACAGUGAAAACAACAAGUAAAUGCUGGUAAUUGGAGAAAACAAAUAUUUAUUGUUAAGAGACCUACAGCAAUGAGUGUUUGCACUUGUUUUUGUACAUAAUCACACUUUGACAACUAUUGUUUGUAACAGUAAGGUGCAAACACAAUCACUGAGAUAGAAAUUACAUGUAGCAUUGUCAUUAAGGAUGCAGUUCAUGCGAAUAAUGACAGUGAUCAUGCCUUAUAAUUAUUGAAUAUGCAGGCCUUCAUUAGCACUGAAUCCCUGUAAAAGGUACCAAAUUAUUUAUGCAAGUGUUCAUAGUAGCUCAUAGUUAUUCGUGUACAUGCAUGCAAAAGUGAAUUUGUAUGAAAUGUCCCCGUACAAGUCAUGUUGAAUGUGAACGGUUUCUCAAUCCUCAACAAUGCAUGGGUUUGUUGCGCGACCGUUCUUUCUUGCGCCCAUUACUUCCAAGCGCCUGCUACGCAGGCCACAUGGUUGCCAGAGCCAUAGUUUUCGGCGAAAUUCCCAGACUGACAGUCAAAUGUACAGUUUCCCUGACCAGAUGACCGGACAACUUUUCUGGAUAAUGGCUUGCAAAAUCCCCUCACAGCCAUCCUCUCCGCCCAUUUAUGAUAUGAAUUUGUCAUGAAUGUAAAGUGCCGAAUGGAUUGAUCUCAUUGAUCUCGUAGGAAACCCUAUAUCUGUUUAAUUUCUUUACACAAUAUUCUGUCCAUGGAAUAUAAUUAACUUCUGUGAAUGUCACCUCCCUCUGACUUAUUUCAAAGAGUUAAAAUCGCCCUGACUCAUACUGAAAUUCCCUGAUUAGUUAAAUUGUCCCUCAGAGGGAAAAGAAUGAAGUUUCCUGGCAUUGCAACCAUGUUACACACUAAUAGUCUGAGGAGAUCCGAAAUACAGAUGCUCUUUUCGAAUAAUAUUUAUAGGAUCAGGCAAGAAAUAAUUUUUUGUUAUGUUUGACUUAAAAGACCCAGCUGUGUUGAUGUUUAAGGUUGCUACAUGCUGUACAUAUAUAUCACAUUUUACUUGAAUGGUUCUGGGGAAGUGAAUGUAAUGCGAAAAUUGUAAACGGUACACGCGCUUCAAGCGACGGGAUUAUAAACUCGCUUCGCGAGAAUAAAUACUUUUACUAUACUACAAUUAGCGAAUCUAGCUUACAAAGCUUGUCUAAAAAAGAUAUUUGAUCUCUGAAUUACGUCAAAUGCUUGCGGUAGUCUAAUAGUAUAGUUCUAACGGUGGUUGUGUUCUUUUGCCCAACGGUGAAAGAACUAAUAUGCAAGGAGGCUUAAGUAAGCGUUAACUUGAGAACCACGACCUAUUGCCGAGGAUCGAAGGCAACUGACACUGAUUACGAGUUUGAUUCUUCGCUUUAAUGAACUACGAACAGAGUCGUUUGGUGUUGCUAACUUCACUUAACUAAAUGAAAGCAUAAAAAAGCAGCGUGUGUAAUUUAAGGCGGCACAUUUCUAAUCACUUGGCGUCCUUAAACUCACGCAGAACAAGUUUAAAGAGACGCCUGUAGUUCUCGUGACGGCGGAACACUUGAGGACUGGAAAGGAGUAUGAUGCAUCCCUAAUAUGGACAGAAGAUCCAAAUAAGGACUCAUUUAAAGUCUGUCUCCGUGAAAUGCAAAACUUUGACGGGAAACAUGAAGACAUUAACGUGGUACGUACUGUUUUUAUCCCAACUAUAUGCACACGUAUCUUAUGGACCCAUGGUGGUUUGGCUAAUGGCUGUAGAGCAUAAAAUGGAUUUUGGAAUAAAACAGAGAUUCACGAUAAUUUGGAGGAAGGCAAUAUUAAAGUGCAGACAGCAUAAGUAUAUCGAAAAAGCAAAACUGAGGAAAUUUUCAUUUUUUUUUAUCCCUGAGCCUUAUAAAAAAAUGUGCCUUUUAAAAUGUCUUGCUGGUUGAAAAACAAAGGAAUUCCGAACGCACAAACAGUGUUAAGACAAUGAAGAGCGAGCACGGGAUGAUUCGCAACGACCAUUUUUUGCGCAACACUGCGUGGCAAUAUUUGUUUCAGAUUGUGACAUUGUCCUAACAUAUUUUGUGCAACAUCGCCUUACGAAAACGGAAAUAACGUAUAAGCAGCUUAUCAGAAUUCGAAAUACAAAGACAAAAAAAUAGUGCCAAGUUUGAUUUACUUUAUUCCUAAUAAUUAUAUUACAUAGUACAUGCAACACAAGAAAGGUGACACUCUAAACCUGUUCCUGUUGUAUUUCUUUAUUAUAAUUUUCUUACAGAGCUGGUUGGCAUUUGUCCAGUUAAGCAAACCGUUCUUUACCGAGCACAACUCUGUUGGAUUUCCGAACACAAAGCCACCAAAAGAUGAAAAGAACAACGCUUACUGCCAGGUGAGUAAGGAAUAAGAUUAGUUUGACCGCAAAGAAAAAGAAGACGCUAUGGUAGCGUAUAUUUGGGCGUUGACGUACUAGGCAUGCGUGAAGUUUUUUAUGUGUAUUAGUGAUGUGUGAGUAGUGCAGUAGCGUUGUAUAUUUUAGGGGUUGGUUGAGAUGCGUGAAGUGAAAGGCGUGGAGUUAUACUGGACGUGAAUUGGUAGGAUAAUGCCUGUAUUUGUUAAUCGGUGAAUCUUGUUUCUCGUAGAACUUAAUAUGAAGUAAUAAAAAAAUAAUUACUUUGGGAGGCAAAAGUGAUUUUAGGUGUUGUAGUGAGGUGGUUAAGGAAUUGCUAAUGUUGGUAUGAAGGGAUAGUGUAGUUAGAGUGUGUUGAAAUGAAGUGGUGGUUGUGAAAAGUCUUAUUAAUAGUCGAAACUAUACUUGUAUUUAUUUUAAAUGUUGUUAGGUUUUCUGUUCAGGAUUGUUUUUCGCUUAUUUUUGAUAAUAUUUGUACGGAGAGAACAUGGAUAAGGCCAAAAGUUCAUUGAAUAUAGAGAAGAGGGUACGAAGAUGUUGAGGGAGGUGGGGGCUGAAAGUUUUUGUGUGUGCUCGGGGCUUUGAAAAAUCGGUGAGGUCUAGGGGAGGGCGUAUAAUCUAGCUAGAACGAAGGGCCUGAUUACAUGAGCUGGGCUGCCUCCUUUUGCAGAGAUCCCGGCACCUUAGUUAAACGAAACAAAAAUCAACUUUGCGAUUAUAUGACAACCGAGCUAGCCCGGUUAGCUAGGAUCCCGGGUGGAAAUUUUCCAAGUAAUCACGCUUGCCAGGCGGCCCGGCGAAUGAACCAGCGAGAAACAGGACAGCGGGUAACACCGUUAAUGCGCAUUGCUUCCCCCACCCAUGAGAUCAGGCCCUUAGUGUAAGUUGUACUGUCACGUAGUUUCAUGUGAAAGCUGUGGAAUUUGCCGCUCUCGUGGUUCGUGUAUGAGAGAAUACGACUUAAUCUAAUUUACCCAAGGGUUUUAAAAAUAGAACGCGGUUUGCACGUCAAGAUAUUGGAGUCUGUCCCUUUUACGGUGCGACCGUGAAAGAAUGCAACUUUUUACGGGGUCAUUUUGCUCGAUAGGACUUUAAGAAAUCACGUCCUUUCCGAAAGUAUGCAAUGAAAUUAUGCAUCACUCAGUGCUACCCUUAAUUAUCUCAUGCUCGAGAUCAUGGAAUUUUGCGUGACAUCAUCUUCGGCGCUCCACAACUGAGAGCAAAAAUAUUGUCAAACACUUGGCAAUAAGACAAACCAUUCACACCGUGCGCUUCGAGUAAGAUUAUUUUCCAAAGGGAAAAUUUAAAUUAUUCAAUAGUUUGUUUCACUCAGUGUACCUUGUUUUCCCGAAACGUUUGUUUUCUAUGGUCGAUUUGUUUGCCGUACGUUAUCUGUGGGUAGUAUGUCACGAAGAUAAAUGCUGUGUCGUGACACAGCGCGCGGCAGACGCUUGGCUUGUUUACGUUCGCACGUAUUGCGUGCCUAUUGCAACUUUGAAUCAAACCAACCAAACUGAACAGGCCAUUUCCGAGUUCCAGAAAAUCUCACUUUCAAAACGAGGCUAAGUGCGAAACCUUUGUUGUGAAAAUGAGUUUUAUUUGCAUCAUAAUUAAAAAAUCACUUUCAUAUCAAUAGCUUCGCACUUAGCCUCGCUUUGAAAGUGAGAUUUUUUGGAACUCGGAAAUGGCCUACUCGAUUACUCUAUUUGGGCGACACCGAAAUAAAAACAUUUACUGCUUCGACACAAUUUAUUCAUUAAACUGAGGUCUUACUUAUAACUGUAAACAAGUUUGCUUUAAUUGACAGUCUGUGAAGUUUGAAAGAACUUACAAGACAACACCCUCGGUGUUACUUACAGCAAAUCACAGCAGCACAGCUCCAGGAAACUCUGCACCAAUUCACAACGGGAUUACAACAUGGAUCGAGGUAACAAAAAAUAGUGUAUAGAGCAAAAGGGAAAAAAAAAGGCGACUAUCAAUCUCACAUACAUGUCUGCUUCGAUAGGAUAAUGACUUGAUCUAGUGAUACCUCAUUAAGAAAAGGUUUGUUUUUAUGCCUGUGAACAUGUGCUUGUGACCUAUGUGUUAACCAGCUGGGUUGCUCACCAUUUACACAAACCAACCGGGUGGAAAUCUUGUGCAUAGACAAAAAACUAUAAAAUGUCUCGUGGUGGAAGAACAACCCGCCACAAAUUAUAUCCAAACAGUAUAUCUGAACGGAGUAAAAGGAGAAGAAAAAUUGCAUCGCCUCAAACCACAGCCCACGUCUUCUGAAGAGUCCGGUCAAACGGAAUGGCCCAGACCAUUCUACUUCCAAUCCUCAUGUCCGGUUUUCCCAUGUAAAGGGUAAGUACCCCAGAUCAACACAAGGAAGUGAAUUGAGUUUUCAUAGCUUGCUCCAAUUCUUACUUGCAGAACAUGAACGCAUCCGUGUUCAGGGUGUGUGUGAAGGAGUUGUACGAGACCAGAUAUGAUCCCGUGUCAGUGAAUUAUGCGGUAUUUACAGGUCAGUAGAUCAAGAGUGAAAAAGUGACCUAUGAACAAUUCAGUGCAGCAAGAUAUCAUUGAAUUUGUAGCGGUUUUCGUCGUGCAGCGGCACAUACAUUAAGUUCAAAGAUGUCUUAUGUACUUAGUAAUGAAUCAUCCUCUGGUUUUAAAAGCUUUAAACCAAACGUGACCGUUGUGACUAUCGAAUAUGCUUCUUUGUUAGUCUGGGUAUAACUGAGAGCGAUAGCCCACAGACAUUAGCUAAAAGCCGCAGUCGUCAGGUGUGACCUCUGCUUAACUAAAUGUGACCAUUCUUAUGAUGGAUGAAGUCCUCAGGAAGUUGGACACAACUCAAAGCAUUAGCCUACUACCAUACGCUGCAAAGUCAUUUUCUGAACUUUACAUCUCCACAGAUAUCUGUGAUCCUGGAUGGGGCUAUUUCAAUGGAUUCUGCUAUUUGACGAGUAAAAAAUGCGUCAAUUGGACAACAGCUGUUACCAAAUGUCGUCAGGAAAACUCGGUCCUUGUUGAUGUGGCCAACGAUGAGGAAAACGUUUACAUUCAACGUCGUCAUAACGGAGAAAAAUCCUGGUUGGGCUUGAAUGACAUCUUCACAGAGGGAAACUUUACUUGGGCGGAUCGCGGUGAGGGGAACUUUUCAAAUUGGGCGAAGAGUCAGCCAAAUAACUUUAAUGAAGAGGACUGCGUGCAUGCUCUUGGUGUGAAAUACAACUAUGAAUGGAAUGAUGUGAAUUGUAGUGACUGUCAUCAGUACACCUGCCAGAAAGGUAGGAAGAAUUUAUAAAGGCAUAGCGUUUUUUUCGUCUUGUUCGGAGUUUUCAGUUGUAACUGUUUCCAGUCGCAGAUUUUGUUUAUGUUUGAUGGUAAGAACGUUUCUAAAGGUCUGGCUAAAAACUCACUCAUCUUGACCUGUAUGGUAGACGUAUGGUAUAUUAAGACAGCUUAUACUUCAUCUCUAACGAUGUCACACGAUAAAGGAGUAGGACUUACACUGUAAAGUUGCCGAACUAAUCUUGUCAUUUACUUUGAACUUAAUUUACUUAUAAGGAAACAGAGUUAGCUUGUACUUCAAAGUGUUCAAAUACUGAGAACGGCGCAAAGAGAAAGGAAGAGUAAGGUGCAGGGUGUGGGGUGUAGUUCGCGCCGCUCUCAAGUGUCUAACUGCGUGGAAGAGGCAAACAUAAAGUCAACUUUGGCCCGACCGAAUACCACACUGUUUUUAGAAAUACACGAUGUGUGCGUUGGAUUCGAAUUUACUGAUUUAUCUUCUUUUAAUUAGAUUUCAAUGAAUGUGAAAGGAAGACCCACUCUUGUCAUCCCCUUGCCAAAUGUUCCAAUGAACGUGGAUCCUAUUCAUGCAAAUGUAGGACUGGUUACCUUGGAAGUGGAUUUAACUGUCGUUAUCCCUUCCGAAGAUCCUGUUCUGAGAUCAAGAAAUACAUUAGCAGUGUCAGCAAAUACUAUACGAUUGACCCAGAUGGCGAUGGAGGACUGGCACCAUUCAUAGUGUACUGUGACAUGACAGAUAAGAAGGGUCUUGGCGUGACAGUCAUCAGUCACGACAGUGAGAGAAGGACAAAUGUGAGAGGAUAUGAAGAUAAAGGCAGUUACAAACGUGACAUUCAUUACAAAGGAGCGAGUCUGUCUCAGCUGGCCAGUCUCACCAGUGUCUCUUCACACUGUGAACAGUUCAUCAAGUACGAAUGCUACCACUCAGGUCUCUGGUUUAACAGUCCAUACGGAUGGUGGGUGUCGCGUGAUUCUUCUAAGAUGACAUAUUGGGGUGGAGCGUCUCCUGGAAGUGGUAAGUGCGCAUGUGGGAUGAACAACUCAUGCGCAGCAAGAAAACGCUGUAACUGUGAUGCGAAUGACCAAGUACGGCGUGAAGACAGCGGUUUCCUGACUGACAAGACAAAGCUUCCAGUAAAACAACUCAGGUUUGGUGAUACUGGUGAUAAGCGAUAUAACGAGAACGGUUACCACACUCUGGGAAAAUUUAAGUGCUAUGGUACAGCAUAA